GGAAAUACAGGGAGGGACCGGCAAGGGCAGCCCGUCACCGUGUGUGUGCUAGACACAAUGUUAUCCUAUGUGUGAGGGGAGGUAGGGAGCGGUGACACCCGGAGGGUACAUGUCACAUAUCAAGUGUCACAGAAUGCCUCAAACUCCACCGGGAGCAGAGGUACAGGAUGGAGAGGAACAGGUGGGUGUUACAAUCUAUGGGUUGGGAGGGGGCUGCAUUGUUCAUGUUUUGUUUCAGCUGUCAGUCUGGAGUUUUGCAGGAUCAUAUGUAUGUAACAUUCUAAUAGUGUGUGUGUGUGUGUGUGUGUGUGUGUGUGUGUGUGUGUGUGUGUGUGUGUGUGUGUGUGUGUGUGUGUGUGUGUGUGUGUGUGUGUGUGUGUGUGUGUGUGUGUGUGUGUGUGUGUGUGUGUGUGUGUGUGUGUGUGUCGAGGGGGGGUGAUGUAACAUUCUAAUACGGAGUGAUGGAGGUGGAACAUUCUAAUACAGAGUCUUAUGUAUGUAACAUUCUAAUACCGAGUGAUGUGGGUGUAACAUUCUAAUACAGUGUGUUAUCUAUCUAACAUUUUAAGAAAGGGUGGUGAGAUUGUAACAUACUAAUACAAAGUGAUAAGUAUGUACUAUUGCAAUGCAGGGUGGUAUAUCUGCAACAUUCUAAUAGAGUGUUAUGUAUGUAACAUUGUAAUACAGGGUGCCUUGUCUGUAACAUUCUAAUACAAAGUGGUGAAGGUGUAACAUUCUAAUAUAGAGACUUAUGUAUUUAAUAGUGCAAUGCAUGGUGGUAUAUCUGUAACAUUCUAAUACAGAGUGUUAUGUAUGUUUCAGUGUAAUACAGGGUGAUUUGUCUGUAACAUUCUAAUACAUAGUGUUAUGUGUGUAACAUUGUAAUACAGGGUGAUUUGUCUGUAGCAUUCUAAUACAGAGUGUUAUGUGUAUAACAUUGUAAUACAGGGUGAUUUGUCUGUAGCAUUCUAAUACAGAGUGUUAUGUGUGUAACAUUGUAAUACAGGGUGAUUUGUCUGUAGCAUUCUAAUACAGAGUGUUAUGUGUGUAACAGUGUAAUACAGGGUGAUUUGUCUGUAGCAUUCUAAUACAGAGUGUUAUGUGUGUAACAUUGUAAUACAGAGUGUUAUGUAUGUUUCAGUGUAAUACAGGGUGAUUUGUCUGUAGCAUUCUAAUACAGAGUGUUAUGUGUGUAACAUUGUAAUACAGAGUGUUAUGUAUGUUUCAGUGUAAUACAGGGUGAUUUGUCUGUAGCAUUCUAAUACAGAGUGUUAUGUGUGUAACAUUGUAAUACAGAGUGUUAUGUAUGUUUCAGUGUAAUACAGGGUGAUUUGUCUGUAGCAUUCUAAUACAGAGUGUUAUGUGUGUAACAUUGUAAUACAGAGUGUUAUGUAUGUUUCAGUGUAAUACAGGGUGAUUUGUCUGUAGCAUUCUAAUACAGAGUGUUAUGUGUGUAACAUUGUAAUACAGAGUGUUAUGUGUGUAACAUUAUAAUAGAGUGUUAUGUCUGUAACAUUGUAAUACAGGGUGAUUUGUCUGUAACAUUCUAAUACCGAGUGUUAUGUAUGUAACAUUGUAAUACAGAGUGUUAUGUGUGUAACAUUAUAAUAGAGCGUUAUGUCUGUAACAUUGUAAUACAGGGUGAUUUGUCUGUAGCAUUCUAAUACAGAGUGUUGUGUCUGUAACAUUGUAAUACAGGGUGAUUUGUCUGUAGCAUUCUAAUACCGAGUGUUAUGUAUGUAACAUUGUAAUACAGGGCGAUGUUUCUGUAAUAUUGUAAUACAGGAUGACGUGUCUUUAAUAUUAUAUUGUCUGUGACAUCAUAAAACAGGGUGAGAUGGUGUCUUUCAGUGUGCUUAGAACAAACAGUGUCUCGUUUAUUUGUUAAUUGGCAUUAUGUUUCUUGUGCUUUUUUUUUCUAUUAACAUAUUUCACGCUCAUUGUCUCCUUUGUCUAGUUUUUAAGUCGCUUCCAAUCUCUGUUUUAGUAUUUUGCUGGAUUGUGUGUUGAGAUUUAACAAUUACUUGUCAAUUUGAUGAUAACGAAUAGCAGGGUUAUCCUUAAAGCUUGACAGAGGGGAUGCCCGCCCACUGCCUCAUAUUAGGAGAGUAAAUCUCUUUUCUGAGCCCACCCUGGGCACAGCCCCAGUAUAAAGUAAUCCUGCACUGGGGACCAAAAAUAGAUCUGUGUCUGGGAGGCAGGGAAAGCCAAGAAUCAGUGAACCAUACAAUGGCUAACCCUAGCACUAAACAUAUUAUGAACUACAGUCCCCAUGGUGCUCAUCCAAUUAUAAGGCUGGCUAUGCAUCAUGGGAAUUGUAGUGUGCAAACAUAUAGUGUGCCACCAAGGUUUGCAAUCACUGCUGUGAAGUGCUCUCUGUGUGACAUUUUGUCUGCAGCACUGUUUUUGUACACGUGAAUAACGGACUUCCUCUAUAUGAAGUUAAAACGGAAACUAGGCAGUGGGUGAGGAGGAUUAACUCUGCAUGUCUUCAGAUCUGUGAGGUUAGUGGAAAAGUUGCCUGCACUUAGUGACUUGGCAGAUCAGGGUCAAUGAUGGGGUCAGAGGGAUCCAUUGCAUCUCUGGACAGGAAGCAGUUAAGGGAGUGAUGUUCUGGUGUUAAUGGAAGGAUUUGUACAUAGAGAUCUGGCAGAGAAGUAGUUGGUUUUGCAAAAUGCAGCAUGGUUGUGAUAAGGAAGUCAGGUGGUGGUGUGGGACUCUAGAUGUGUGUCAGUUUCAGCUGGUAUAAGAAAGAGAGAGAGAGAGAGAGAGAGUGUGUGUGUGUGUGUGUGUGUGUGUGUGUGUGUGUGUGUGUGUGUGUGUGUGUGUGUGUGUGUGUGUGUGUGUGUGUGUGAUUUUAGUGAUGUGACUGUGCUUUAUAUAUAUAGCACAGCUUUCUGUUUGUAGCAAUGUGACAGUUACAAUGUAUGUCUGUGUAUAGUUAACAAUUUCCCCCCCUUUCAUAAUAUUGUAAAGCGCUGCGGAAUUAGUUGGUGCUAUAUAAAAUACCGAUAAUACUAACAAUAAUGUGUCAGUAUAAGGGUUAUUCAGUAGAGUUAGUAUUCAAAGUGAAAGGUCAAAAUAGACGAUAUGGAAAAAAAAUCACUUAGACAGCUAUGCUUUCAGUUCUGCUACUCUAGCCUUCAAUUUUAAUUUCUCUUUGAAUUAACUUUGAAUUUUUACUUUAGUAAAUACGACUCUAUGUAAAAGUAUGGCUGUCAUAAAGUGAUGUUGUAGAACUGUGUGUCUGGAACAAUGUAACGUAUAUCUGUACGUCUGUGACAGUGUACCACUAUAUAUCUUUAUGUCUGUGGCAAACGAUGGUGUAGCUGUAACUAUGUAUCAGUUUAUACCUGUAAGUCUGCAUUGAUGUAACAAUGUAUAUCAGCAUGUCUAUAAUGAUUUAAAGAUAUAAUCUUUAUGAAAUAACAAUGCUGACUGCUUUGGAAUGUUCAUUAAAAUUCCAACACAAUCCAAAGAUUCCAUGAGACAAAUUAGGGAAUGUAGUGGUUAAGAUGCCAGGAGUGCAUUGGUGCUACCCCCAGUAGUGGGACAAACCUUAUUACAAUGGUUUGCCCUCCUACCUUGUUCGGCUUGGGGUUGAGCUUUGCACCAUAGUGGCUAAACCACUGAUCUUGCUGCUUAUUCAUUGACUGAGAGCUUCAUCUAUUCGCUCUCAGCCAAUGAAUGAGUGUCAUGUUCCAAGCUGGCUAAUAAUGCCUCAAUGAUGCCGAUGAGUUAUACCUCCGGCAGCAAAUGGGUUACACUGCUGAUCCCACCAGCCGGCGGCGAAGACCUAAUGCCAUGCACGGCAAUGCAUUAGACCUCUCCAUAGGAAAGCAUUGAAAAUGCUUUUUAAUGCUUUCCUAUGGGGAUUUUAGCUACGCUGGAGGUCCUCACACAUCGUGAGGACCUCCAGCGAUGCUAUAGCACAGAAAACCUGUGAACCAGGAAGUGCCCUCUAGGGUCUGUCUAGUAGACAGUCACUAGAGGAGGAGUUAACCCUGCAAUGUAAUUAUUGCAGUUUAUGAAAACUGCAAUAAUUACAGUUGCAGGGUUAAGGGUAGUGGGAGUUGGCACCCAGACCACUGCAAUGGGCAGAAGUGGUCUGGGUGCCUGGAGUGUCCCUUUAAGCAAUCCACAAUCCACCAGUCAAAGGAAUCUCACAGGAGGGCAAGCUGCCGAAAUCUCUUUGUAGGUGAACCCUGAUGUUAAGAUUUAGCACAAUCAAGAGAAGAUAAUAAAAAUAAAUAAAAGCAAGUGACAAAGGAGGAAGUAUAAUCAAUAAGAUAUAAGGGGCAUAAGGAAAGGAAAGCUAAAACAAUAAAACAAACUUGACAAUGUCGCUUUAUUAGAUAAAUCCAGAUACCUGACAGACACCACCACAAGUAGUUUUAUUCAUCGUAAAAAAUAAAUGGAGCCGCUAAACUCUUUCCAGAACUUAGUAGACCUACUUACAUUAGAAUUAAAAAAAAAAAUUUGAUCACCUUUAGAUGUCAAUUUGUAGCUUAGGUUACGGUUAUUUCAAGUAUGGAUCUUUUUAAUUUUUUUAUGUUUUAAAAAAAUAUAUAUAUUUGCACCACAAGCCAUUGCUUUCUAUCCUUCUCCUUCUCUCUAUGCAGUUCUCCUUUUCGCUCCAAUAAGACAUAUGUAAGUAAUCACAUACAGCUGUAUUAUACCAUCACACUGCACAGCAAAGUUUUCUUGGAGAUUUCUCUCCACUGUCAUUAGAAAAGCUGACAGCUGAACUACAGCUCCUGCUGAAACCUUAACCUCUUUGCUCAGUGUUGCUAUAUAAGGCUGGAUUGGCUAAGCCUUGUCUUUAACUGGGUAGAGGUCUGCAGAAUCUACAGUUACAUAUGUUUUCCAAAUAAUGAUCUUCAAAUAGGGGUAUCUUUUGAAUUGGAUGUUAUUUUUAAUGUAUUUGUUUUGCUUACAUUUAGUUAAUUAAUUAUCUAAAUAAUACACAAAAGGGUAAGUCGGCUCCAGGAAUGGUGUCCCUUCAAUUAUAUUUUUUCUACAUGUAAAAAAGAAAGUCAACUCCAACCCUCACUGUGCUCUUUAAACUCUAAUCAGGUACCGUGUGUGAAGAUUACGAGAUCCUAAUUUUCCUUGCCUAGAAACUGUAUUGCAAUCUGCCUGUCACAGUUGUGAAAAUAGUGGCACUCACAUUUCAGACAGCAGCUGUCCCAGAAAGCUGCAUAGAUCAGCAGUUUGUGAGAUUUGCCCAUAGCUUCCAGGAAGUGAACAGAUGUUACUGUCCCUUUAAACGUCUGCUGUAGUGAAUUGCUAUUGUACUUGUCUCCAAGAACCUAUUGAUUUGAUUUGACUGGACGCCUGGCCUCCAAUCCAUGCAAUUCAUAUUAGCAUGAGAUAAAGAUCAAAGUCCUUUUCAGUGAUCAAUUUGGGGAUCGUGGCAUAUCUUGAAACAUCUGGUGCCAUUUACGGGAAGGAAUGUGGGAAUUGACACAAGGGCAAAGCUAUGAGACAGCGCAGGACAAAAAGAUUCCAACAUGUGGCAGCAAUAAUCAUCAGGACAUAUACCCUAUUAUGGUGACACAUUAUAUAUGAUAAUGUUCUGCGAAGUUCAUGGGAAUUACAAGUGAGAUUGUAGACUGAGAAAAAUCCAUAAAUAUGUAUAGACGCGGGUUCAUAACCAUGUACUUAUAGUUAUGUUAUGCCCUAGUUAUUUAUUAUUUAUGUGGGACAUGCCAAAGGUAAAUUCAUGUGUCUGUCCAACUACAGAGAUCUGUCACAACUAAAUAAGAGAAUUUUAAAUGUAUUAAGUAAAAGCAGCUAUUAUAUACAGGGUUACAAUGUCUUUCUGUUUAGAUUAAAACAACAUUUCAGCAUAAAUAUCUUUGUUUACAAUGCCAACGUAUUUUAAAUACUGUGUAGAUGUAUGCCACCAUUCUCCUAAACAUAACUAUUACUUACUUCUAAUCCAUUGGGUAGACCAACCAAAAGGUAGAUCCCCAGAUGUUUAAAAAAAUACAGCUUCCAUAAUGCUUUGCCUUUCUAAAGGCAUUCCAAAGACAUUCAGAGCAUCAUGGGAGAUGUAGUUCUAUAACACAGCUUGAUAUAGCACUAGUGAUAAUCUUCCAGGCAAUUCAGUGCUUCUCAUGGAGAAGCAUUGGCACCUUCGGCAGAUUUGCGACAAUUGCCACCAUGCAAAAUGCUUUAAGGGUAUAGAAAAAACAUUUAUUCUCCCUCAAAUUACAAAUGCCUUGUGAGAAAGAUGCAAACAUAGCAAGCUAUUCAAACAAAAGUAGAUUUCAUAUUAUUCCUUGCCCAACAUGGAGGUAAUUUGGCAGCAGACUUCCAAAAUUAGUUCCUACUGAAGCCAACAUGACGUUAUCCUUCUGAAUUGUAAGAUCACAAUGAAUCAUGGAGUAAUAAUCAAGAGAAAGUAUGUAAUUUUGUAUAAACAUCAGCUAUGUUUGAAAAGGAACUAUGCACAUUUACAGUGUAUAUAGUUUGUUUCAGGAGUACAUCUUUGUUUGUUUUAUACAUAACUAGUUUUUAAUUGUUUUAUUAUAUGUUUUAUUAUUAUUUUUAAAGUUCCUACCAAAACAACAUAAUGAUGAAACCAUAACGACAACCAAAAACCUGAAGUGAGAAAUCAUGGUUUAUAGGUCUCAGAGGAUUGGGUUGCAGGAUAGAGAUGAAGGGCUAGCAAGGAGGACAAUUAUCCCCAAAGUUACUAGCAUACAGGGGUUAUCCUUCUUCCGAUAAAAAGAUCAGGAGGUGAAGUGGACCAGAAGUUGCCAGUUUCCUCCCUGAGUAAGGAAACAGAUAUCUUUAAAUGAUACCACAGAUGGAAGGAAACAUGGCAAUACAAUCCUUAGUGGUUCUUUGUACAGAUGCUCCUCACUUACGACUUGGUCGUAAAACAAAUUGGUCGGUAAGUGAGAAUGAGAUACAGAGCCUGCGCACCAGUACACGUCUAUGUUCAGGGAAAUUUCCCCCGAACAUAGACAAGUGCACCAGAGUAGGUAAUCUCUCAAAUCUUUGUUCGGGACAUUUCACCAAACAUAGUGAAAUGCACCAGAGCAGGGAAUCCCUCUAAUAUAUGUUAGGGGAAUGUUCCCCGAACAUAGAUUUGAGGGAUUUCCUGCACUGGUGAACUUGUUUAUGUUCUUUUCUAUACGUAGACCAGUUCUCUAACGUGGGGAAUCCCUUGAAUCCCCGGGCUAGAGAGCUGGUCAUAAGUCUGAUUCGUCAUUAAACAGGUCAGUCGUAAAGUGAGGACCACCUGUACAACAUCUCAAAUUACAAUAGAUAACAACUUUUAAACUUCUCACAUAUUGAUAAGAGAAACCACACAAGGAGCUUAGUAAAGUUGAGCUCCAGGUGUUCUGGAAUUCUAAAGAAUGAGUAGACCUAAUGUAAGAAAAACCCCAAAGGAGGGACAAUUCUACCUAAAGUUAAAAACAAGACCGUGAUUGGUUACUUCAUUUUUGCAAGUAGCAUCAACACUGGAUACCUGUCUACUAUAUGCUAUUAAACAACAGAGCGCCUGGCAGCCUCUAAUUGUUGCUUUUAUUUUCACUUGGUGUAGAUAGUUUUUUAGUUUUGUUUUUUGUUUGAUUUAUCAGUAGAUUGUUGGGGCAUGUAUUGUACUCAGUCAUGUAUUAGGUAGGAAGGAUGUAUUUCUAGGCAGGUGGGAUAUACUCGCCUUCGAGCAGGCCGGUCGCAGAAAGCUAGUUUUAAUGAUAGUUAGUAGUCACCUCAACAAUUUAUAUAUCUCCUGUGAUGAGAGAUACGUAGGCUGUUUGGCUCUAUAACAUUUGCAAUAUCUAUGCCAUACAAGUCGUACUAUUUACACCUGUUUUACAUUUUAUCUUCUCUCUCACCUUCUUUGAUGUAUGUGUCUCCUGUAUUUGUACAGAUAUUAAAAAGCUAACUCUUAGAUAUUCAUUAGGAUUCUCUUCUCUUUAUGAAUCACUUGCAGAGAAGUGUUUGAUUUGAGUCUAAGUUAACUUGUGGGUUACCCCCAAUUUGUGAGUAGAGUCCAGGACCUUUUUUUGUGCCUUAGUGAUGAGUCCUCAGUUGUCUUAUCUCAUUCAUAGGCUGCUUAGUAUAUGUAAAAAUAAAAUGCAAAUUGUGUUUAAUAGUGUUUUUAUUUUGAAUAAUUUAUUUUUAUUGCUACAUAAUUAUAUUUAUAUUUUAACAUAUUUAUAUAUCAAUUAUUUAGAAAACAUAUUUCCAUGUUACUCCCCUUUGGGACAAGUGACAUACCAGGAAUAUCACAAAAAAAUAGAUUUGUCCAUAUACAUUAUAACCCUAUAGUAAACUUGUAUUACUUACCUUUUUUUCCAGUUCUGACGCUUUCUGGGUGCUGCUCACCUCUCCACCUCCUGCAAUGUCAUGGCCUCCUCUGUGACUGUCCAAUCAUGUGACUGGGUUUUACUCGGUCAGCUCAGCUGGCAUUUCUACACUGGCUGUCAGGAAGAAAGCCAAUAGAGGUGGAUUUAACCAUGCAAUGUAAAUAUUACAGUUUUUAGAAAACUGCAAUAUUUUAUGGUUAAAAGGACAGGGUCACUGCACCCAGAGCACUUCAUUGAGAUGAAGCAGUGGGUAACUUUAAUGUCCCUUUAAGCAUCACACAUAUUUAAGGGGACAACCGAAAUGGCGCUGGAUAUGCUUAAUGUUAUUACAAAGUUACUUGAUAUGAGGUCAGUUUAAAAUUCAAACUGUAUGAGCGCAUGCCACAAAACAGGGCAUGUCUACCUACGGGAAAAGAGGAAGGGGAAGCUCAUCUCAUUGAGCAAUGUAGUAAAAAGCAUUGCAGUAGAAUAGUGGCUAGAUUGAGGGACACUCGUGAUCUUUUAAAGAAGAAAUGUUAUGUAGAAACUGAUCUCUAGUGUAUAACCUUUUCAUAUGACUCAGCUUUUGGACAUGUUUAAAAACAAAUGUCUGCUGAUUACUGGUUUGAAUUUACAUGAGAUUAAAAGCUUUGGACAAGCAUAGUAAUAGCGGCACUUGCAUUAGUGAAAUUAGUAAUAUCUUGCUCCGAGAAUUAUGGACUGGGAUCGCAUUUAACUUUUAAUUUAAAAAAAUUACCCAGUAGUCUUAUAGACUGCAAAUUAUGAACUUAUCUUAUUUGCCGAUCUUGAGCGCAUACUUUGGUAGAAGUUUAAAUAGUUAAAAUUCAUAAAAAAGAUUAAUGUGAACAUGUUACUUAUCUACAUUUUUGUAAUAAUCACUUGUUAUCAAUAUGUUCUACCUGAAUGCACAAAUUCUAGCUGUGGAAAUAUUCAUUGCAAUGCAUUGCAUAGUGCCUGCUUUAACCAUAUCUCUUCUUAUACUGUGCUUUUGUUUUGUAGGUUUGUGCUCCCUGUAGAGAUAAAGGUGGAACAGAGCAGGAGGGAAGACAAGACAUGCUGAGAUUCAUAGACGGGGGUACAAUGGAAGAGUGGGGUGGGCAAGGGGUGCUGCCUGAGACAGAAGGGGAGAGAGAGAAAUUAAGUGAACCAAGUGAAGAAAUGUUGGCUUUGCAAGUACAACGGCUGGAAAUGGAAAGGGGAGAGAAUCAGGGAAUGGAGGAAGAGCGAGAACGUUUACGUAGGGAAAUCUACAGGGAGCUCAUGUAUAAAGAAGGUGCCGAGAGACUUCGCAAAGCCACCACGGAGAGGAAGAACUUGGGACAUGUGGAGACCAUGCUAAGAACAUGCGAAAAGAGACUGGAGAUCCUAAGACAGGAAUUGGAAGACCUCGACCCUUCCCCUAAUUCUCCAGAUCCAGCUGGAGGUAACAUAAAGGCCACUAACUUGGGCUAAAUUCAAUGGGAAUUGUAUUUUGUUUGUAAUGGUCACAGUAGGCCACAUAACAUGUGACUCUAACCUUAAAUUAUUGGUUCUUUACCACGAGAUUUUGAGUGGCUCACAAGAACCUUUAAAGAGCAAUACACAAGGGCUACUCGAAAGCCCACAAAUGUUUAUAUAUGCAAAUUCUGGUCUAGAAUUCGUAUUAUACUCCUUAUAGUCCUUUAGGGGGUUAAAUCAGCACGAUCACUAUUUAAGCUCUUAGAAACUACAUGUCAAGUCUAGAAACAAAAAUGUUUGCAGAGUGAAGCAGGCUAGAUAUUUUGUAUCACACUCAUUUACUUCCUCUAUUUCUCCUUCCAAAAAUCUCAGCCAACCCUUUGACCUCAGGACUUCUGAGCCAAGCCCAGCAUUCUAGAGUGUCAGGAUUACAGCGUCAACUGAACAUUGAGAUGAGAGUGCGCCAGGGUGCUGAGAAUAUGCUCCAGAUGUACAGCCAGGGAGGCGCCAAGGUGAUUACUGAUUAUAAUGGGAUUAUAGGUGGCGUGUACAUUAUGCAUAUAUACCUUUCCUGGUUAAACACUUUGUUAUUAUUAUUAUUAUAUAUGCAUUACAUUACGCACAAUAUAUCCAAAAUGUUCCGCAACUCACAGACCUUUCAAAGUAAAAUGUCCUUUUAUUCCAUUAUAUUUCCAUAAAAACUGUGCCUGUUUGACAUUGGUUUAAUGCAAAGUAUAAUGGCGUAAAAUAAGUUUUUGCUUUGAAAAGUCUGUGGCACGUUUUGGAUACAUAUAUUUAGAGACUGUUACUAAGCACCCUGCAAUUAAAACUUCUAUAGAGUGCAGGGUUAUUGGUGUAUAUAUUCACAUACAUAUGUACUUGUGUACCUACCCCACAUAAUCUAUCUAUCCAUCCAUCUAUCGAUCUAUCUAUCUAUCUAUCUAUCUAUCUAUCUAUCUACCUAUCCAUCUAUCUACCUAUCCAUCUACCUAUCCAUCUAUCUAUCUAUCUAUCUAUCUACCUGUCUGUCUGUCUGUCUAUCUAUCUAUCUAUCUAUCUAUCUCUAUCUAACUCUAUCUAUCUAUCUAUCUAUCUAUCUAUCUAUCUACCUGUCUGUCUAUCUAUCUAUCUAUCUAUCUACCUAUCUAUCUAUCUAUCUAUCUAUCUAUCUAUCUAUCCAUCUAUCUCUAUCUAACUCUAUCCAUCUAUCUACCUAUCCAUCUAUCUAUCUAUCUACCUAUCCAUCUAUCUAUCUAUCUAUCUAUCUAUCUAUCUAUCUAUCUAUCUAUCUAUCUAUCUAUCUAUCUACCUGUCUGUCUGUCUGUCUAUCUACCUAUCUAUCUAUCUAUCUAUCUAUCUAUCUAUCUAUCUAUCUAUCUAUCUAUCUAUCUAUCUGUCUGUCUGUCUGUCUAUCUAUCUAUCUAUCUAUCUAUCUAUCUGUCUAUCUAACUCUAUCCAUCUAUCUACCUAUCCAUCUAUCUAUCUACCUAUCCAUCUAUCUACCUGUCUGUCUGUCUAUCUAUCUAUCUAUCUAUCUGUCUGUCUGUCUGUCUAUCUAUCUAUCUAUCUAUUUUUCUGCCAUUCUGUCUUUGUAUCUUUCUAACUGUCUAUAUAGAAAAUGUAUCCAGUUUAUGUUUCUGGAAGAGCUACGAGAUAGGUAAUAUUUUUAACAUGAUUGAUUUAUCAUGGCAGAGUAUCAGAGAUCUUCUUUAACUGAACAAAAUGCGUUAUUCACCAGAAACCUCAGGCGAACAUAAGUUUUGAGUUACAUGUAAAUGGAGAAGGAAUGAAUAAUUAUUUUGCCUAUCCUCCUAAAAAGAUUGUAGUAAUUAUUGAACAAGGCUGAGGCGACUUCAGAUGUCCUCUGCUAUUUAUCCAAAUGUUUUUAAUGGUUUUACAAAUACAAGAGGAAUUCCCAGCACCCUAAAACACACAACUGCCUCCGAUGUCAUAUUGAGGACGUUUACUUCCUCAUUAUCCUAUACUAGCAUGCAAUGAUAGUCUGUGAGCUUUGAACUGGAGCAGAAUUUAGACAUCACAAAUCUACCAAAUGACUUUUGAUCCUUUGAUUCAUUGGCAAAGCUGAAAUUCCAGCAACGAUAUGGAUUUGCUCCAAAUUCUGCAAUUGUUCAUAACUUUCUGCCUAUGAAUGCUUCACGUGAGUAUAUUGUUUAUAUAAAUUUACUUUAAUUUAUGCUGAUUAGAUUGUCCCUUUAAGAAUGGUAAUUGACUGAUAGUGAUCCGUUUAAAAUUUUGUGGUGUAGUGUUAUAUUAGAGGAAUUAUAUGAUUUGUGUGAUCAUUACACAACCAGUAGAUCGUGAUCAUAUUUUGUUAUUAUUUAUUUUUGUAUCAGGAUAAGAAGAUGCUUGCAGCCGCUCAGCAGAUGUUAUCGGACAGUGACACAAAGAUCCACAACCUGCGCACACAGAUCCGCAGAGCUACUCAGGAGACCACAGGGUCAGGCGGAGGUAGGAAAACGUGUGAUGGUAGAUGUUAAAAAGAUGUUAUAAUAUUAUUUUAUGGGGAGUACUGACAUUUUAUUAUUAUUAUUAAUAUUGGUAUUUAUAUAGCGCCAACGUAAAUAUAUAUAGCACUUUACCAUAUUAAGGAAGGGGGAAAUGUAAUAAUAAGAGAGACAAUUACAAAAUGAUACAGGAACAAUGGGUAGAUAAGGAUCCUGCUCAAAUGAGCUAACAAUCUAUAAUAUUAUUUAAUGGGGAGCACUACCAUCUUAUAAUAUUAUUUAAUGGGGAGCACUGCCAUCUUAUAAUAUUAUUUAACGGGGAGUCUUGCCAUCUUAUAAUAUUAUUUCAUGGGGAGAACUGCAAUCUUAUAUUAUUUAAUGGUGAGAACUACUAUCCUAUAAUAUUAUUUCAUGGGGAGUACUGCCAUCCUAUAAUAUUAUUUAAUGGUGAGCACUGCCAUCUUAUAAUAUUAUUUAAUGGGGAGUACUGCCAUCCUAUAAUAUUAUUUAAUGGGGAGCGCUGCAAUCUUAUAUUAUUUAAUGGUGAGAACUGCCGUCCUAUAAUAUUAUUUAAUGGGGAGUACUGCCAUCCUAUAAUAUUAUUUAAUGGGGAGUACUGCCAUCCUAUAAUAUUAUUUAAUGGGGAGCACUGCCAUCUUAUAAUAUUAUUUUAUGGGGAGAACGGCCAUCUUAUAAUAUUAUUUAACGGGGAGUAUUGCCAUCUUAUAAUAUUAUUUAAUGUGGAGCGCUGCAAUCCUAUAUUAUUUAAUGGUGAGAACUGCCAUCCUAUAAUAUUAUUUAAUGGGGAGUACUGCCAUCCUAUAAUAUUAUUUAAUGGGGAGCACUGCCAUUUUAUAAUAUUAUUUAAUGGCGAGAACUGCCAUCCUAUAAUAUUAUUUAAUGGGAAGAAUUGCCUUCUUAUAAUAUUAUUUAAUGGGGAGAACUGCCAUCCUAUAAUAUUAUUCAAUGGGGACCACUGCCAUCCUAUAAUAUUAUUUAAUGGGGAGCACUGCCAUCUUAUAAUAUUAUUUAAUGGGGAGCACUGCCGUCUUAUAAUAUUAUUUAACGGGGGAGUACUGCCAUCUUAUAAUAUCAAUUAAUGGGGAUCACUGACAUUUUAUAAUAUUAUUUAAUGGGGAGCACUGCCAUUUUAUAAUAUUAUUUAAUGGGGAGCACUGCCAUCUUAUAAUAUUAUUUAAUGAGGUGUAUUAUAAUCUUAUAAUAUUAUCUAAUGGGGAGCACUGCCAUUUUAUAAUAUUAUUUAAUAGGGAGAACUGACAUCUUAUAAUAUUAUUUAAUGGGGAGCACUAACAUUUUAUAAUAUUAUUUAAUGUGGAGAACUGCCAUGCUAUAAUAUUAUUUAAUGGGGAGAACUGCCAUCUUAUAAUAUUAUUUAAUGGAGAGCACUGCCAUCUUAUAAUAUUAAUUAAUGGGGAUCACUGACAUUUUAUAAUAGUAUUUAAUGGGGAGCACUGUCAUCUUAUAAUAUUAUUUAAUGGGGAGAACUGCCAUCUUAUAAUAUUAUUUAAUGGGGAGUACUGCCUUCUUAUAAAAUUAUUAAAUGGGGAGCACUGCCAUCUUAUAAUAUUAUUUAACGGGGGAGUACUGACAUUUUAUAAUAUUAUUUAGUCGGGAGCACUGCCAUUUUAUAAUAUUAUUUAAUAGGGAGCAUUGUCAUCUUAUAAUAUUAUUUCAUGGGGAGCACUGCCAUUUUAUAAUAUUACUUAACGGGGAGAACUGCCAUCUUAUAAAAUUAUUUAAUUGGGAGAACUGCCAUAUUAUAAUAUUAUUUAAUGGGGAGAGCUGCCAUCGUAAAAUAUUACUUAAUGGGAAGAACUGCCAUCUUUUUUUUUUUUUAAUUCUUUAUUUAUUCCAAGGCAGAACAUUGCACUGAGAACAUGAUGCAUCAAAACAUUGUAAUAUAUUGUUACACCGUGCAAAACAGUAUUGUAUCGUAUUUGCAAUAACAGUGAGCUAACAAUCUUUGCACCCCCUUACUGCAACAUAGUAACAUGAAGUGUAUCUGUCAUACAUUACUGCACUGUAUCUCUGUCCUCCCUGGUAGAUUUUUGUUUUACACGAAAAAUAUAAAAAACAUAACAAGGCUAAGACCGCCAAACAAACAUUUCUUUUGUCAAUAGAACAUGCCCCAUCCAUUCCCCUGCAAUUAUGCACGGGCCCCAUAUGUAUUUUUCUCUAGCUCUAUUGAAUUAUUAUCCUUUUGCACCUAUUAUCGUCUGACCACAUCCUUUAGCAGUGCCAGUUGUUUACAGAUUGUAAGGCAAUGUUAGGUCAGUUGUAUAUAAUUCUCUCAGACAAAAGUAAGAGAAGAGUAAAGAUAUAAGAGGGGUACGUGUGAAGAUAGAAAGAGAUAGUACAGGGAAAGGAAAAAGUAAGAGGAAGAAGUAAGUGGAGGGGGAGCGCGGAGGAAUCCAGUCCAUCCAAGCCUGCCCAAGGGAGUCUCGCUCGUGUGUACAUCACGCACUUGCUGCGCUAGCUACCCAAGGGCCCCAAACUUUUUCAAACUUUUUCAUUGUACCCCGAACCGGGGCUGUUAGGUCAUCCAUCAAAUAAUUAUCUUUAAUUUUCUGAAUCACCACAGCGAUUUCUGGGGCCUCUCUUCGCAACCAUACCUGUGCCAAAGUUCUCCUAGCGGCUAGGUUCACCUUAUGUAAUAGGGUCAGUUCUGAUUUCGUCUAGUUUUCUAUAGAGCUAGCUAACAAAAAUACCCAUGGGUCUAGCUUAACCUCCCUCUCAAAUAUUUCUUGCAGCAACUGCGCAAUUUGUUGCCAAUAAACUUUUGUGAUCGGGCAUUCCCACCACAUGUGGAUAUACGUGCCCUUGAGUCCGCACCCCCGCCAGCAUAAGUUUGUCGUAAGAUGAUUUAUACGGCUUAACUUCACCGGCGUAGCUUACCAUAGAAAUAACGUCUUAUAUGAUUGUUCCUGUAACGAGACACACAUAGAGGACUGCGCGGCUGCUUCCCAUAUUUCCUGCCAUUCCACUCCCUCCCAACGUCUCUCCUAAAUCCGCCUCCCAUUGGUCUAUGUAUGUAAUACCUCCCCAUUCUAACGUGCUAUUACACAAAUGUGAGUGUAGAAGUGAAAUCAGUCCGCUUGGGAACUGUUCCUUUGUGCACGUUCUUUCAAAGAAUGUCAUCUGUGUCUCUGAGUUUUUUUUAACCUGUCGAUCUUGGGCAUAGUCUCUAAUCUGGAGAUAUCUAAAGAAGUCAAAGGGUCGUAGAGGCGUUCUAGUUUGCAAAUCCUCAAAAAUCACAAACGACCCCCCCUCGAACAGUUGGUGUAAUCUCUGCAGUCCUGCACGUUCUAUGCCCCUUAAAUCCCGGGCUGUCAUUCCUGGUAGGAAAGCUUUGUUCCUCAAUUGAGGGGUCAAUGGAGAAGGGGAGGAUAUCAAGCCAUAUUUAGGAGCGGCUGCGUCCCAGAUCUUUAGUGAAUUGGAAACCGCAGGGCAGGCACGCUUAUGUUCGGUCUAUGCUCCUUAGGAGUCCACAUAAAAAACUGGGGCAUAUCCAUCCGCAUCAGGGAAGCUUCUAGAUCUACCCAUCUCCUUUCCUCCGGUGGAGAAUGCCACAUUGUCACCUGGGCCAGCUGGGCUGCCUCAUAAUAAAAAUAUAAAUGUGGAAGGCCCAGGCCGCCCCUGUCAUGUUGCGUGAGACCCUAUGUUUCUUAUUCCACCAUAUAAAUUUGCCUAUGGAUUGUUGGAGCGGUCCCAAGUCAGAUCUGGUCACUCUAAUCGGGAGCGCCUGAAACAAAAACAAUAUUCAAAGUAGCACAUUUAUUUUCACAGAAUGGAUCCUCCCUAUCCAAGAAAUUGCCUUUUCUGUCCAGUUCUCCAAGUCUGUCAUCAAUGUCUUAAUCAGCAAGGUAUAAUUCUGUUGGAAUAGUUUAGAUGGGUCUGCUGUCAGUCGUAUGCCUAGGUAUUUAAUGUGAUCUCUUGUGAUUCUUAAUUUGUAGGUCAUCCCUAUGUAGGUGGUAUCCGUCUCUGACAUACCUAUGGACAAUACGCUGGACUUGUCCAUAUUUACCUUAUAUCCGGCCAGUUCUCCAAAUUCCUGUAGAAUAUCUGUUAGCGCCACCAUGGAUUCCCUUGGUUCUGUCAGCGUCAAUAAGACGUCAUCUGCGAAAGCUGACACCACGUAUCUUUGCCCUCCAACAUCUACCCCUUUAAUGUCUGGGGCUGCGCGAAUCACCUGAAGGAGUGGUUCUAGCGAAAGAGCGAACAAUAAGGGCGACAAUUGGCAUCCCUGUCUAGUGCCAUUGCUCAGACCGAACGGGUUUAUCUUUGCUCCUGAAAUGCGAAUUUGUGCCCUGACGUUAGUAUACAAAGCUCGUAUCGCCUUCGUGAAUUGUUCUGGAAAGCCAUAAUGAUCUAGCAUUGUAAACAAAUAAGGCCACUUAACCCUGUCAAACGCCUUCUCAGCGUCUAAUGACAGUAACAUCGUCGGUAUUUUCCUUGUGGUUUGUCUCCAUAUGAGAUCCACAUUAUGUCUCGUAUUUUCAAAAAGUUGCCUAUUCGGUAUGAACCCCACCUGAUCAGGGUGAACCAAACGAGUCAGCAUCGGGUUUAUCCUGGCAGCCAAAAUUUUCGCUAAUAUUUUGGAAUCAUGGUUGAUAAUGGAUAUCGGGCGGAAGUUUUCUGGUGUUGAAAGAUCUCGACCCGGUUUCGGCAGUAAGACAAUGUCCGCUAAUGACAUUUCUCUGUCGGGUGGACCUCCAUCCAGUAAUUCGGUGAACCAAGCUUCUAUAUAUGGAGUGAGUUCUUCCCUAAAGGUUUUGUAAUAGGUGCCAUCAAAGCCAUCUGGUCCCGGUGCUUUGUUGCUCUUCAAUGUAGAGAUUGCCAAGUCUAUUUCUUCCGCCGAGAUCGGUUUCCUCAAGCCGUCAACUUCCGCCUCAUUGAGUGUUGGCAAGUCCAGCCUUGCAAGAAAAGCUUGUAUCUUGUCUUUUUCGCUUUGCACAUCAGCAAGAUCUGUUGUGGAAUGAUUAUAUAGUUUAGCGAAGAAUUCAGUGAAUACCUUUGCUAUGUCUGUGGGGUUCGUAUGAUAUUGACCUGAGGUGUCUUUGAUUUUAAUGAUGUGGGUUCCAUGUUGCCGUGGAUAGAGGGACUUCGCCAGCAGGGUGUCCAUCUUGUUGGCUUUUUCAAAAUAUGUCCGUUUAGACCCUAUGAUAGCUCGUGCCGUUUCGUCUAGCAGCGUUACUCGAACCGAGGCUCUCAAUUCCUGAACCGCCUGUAGGUUAGCGGGUGUAGAAUCAGUUUUAUGUCUUUGUUUAGCCUUACGCAACGACUCCAGGAGGGAUGAUAAUAAGAGGGUUUUACGUUUUUUCUUUAGUGUUGCUUCACGAAUAAGUAUGCCUCUGAUCACUGCUUUAUGAGCCGACCACACCAUCACCUUCGACAGGUCCGGGUCAGUUUCUCUAGCAAAAUAGUCAGUUAAUUCCUUCCGCACCACUUCGACAAUCUCCGGAUCGCGGAGUAGAGAUGUGUUUAAUUUCCAGGACCAUGGGGACGCCGCACUAUUUAAUGGGGAGCACUGCCAUCUUAUAAUAUUAUUUAAUGGGGAGCACUGACAUUUUAUAAUAUUAUUUAAUGGGGAGUACUACCAUCUUAUAAUAAUUUUUAAUGGGGAUCACUGACAUUUUAUAAUAUUAUUUAAUGGGGAGCACUGCUAUCCUAUAAUAUUAUUUAAUGGGGAGCACUGCCAUCCUAUAAUAUUAUUUAAUGGGGAGAAAUGCCAUCUCAUAAUAUUAUUUAAUUGGGAGUACUGCCUUCUUAUAAUAUUAUUAAAUGGGGAGCACUGCCAUCUUAUAAUAUUAUUUAACAGGGGAGUACUGCCAUCUUAUAAUAAUAAUUAAUAGGGAGCACUGCCACCUUAUCAUAUUAUUUAUUGGGGAGCACUGACAUUUUAUAAAAUUAUUUAAUGGGGAGCACUGCCAUCCUAUAAUAUUAUUUAAUGGGGAUCACUGACAUUUUAUAAUAUUAUUUAAUGGAGAGCACUGCCAUCUUGUAAUAUUAUUAGUUACAUGAGGUCUGCAAUGUAAAUGAGAUUGAACAAUACUGAAAUGAUGGAUGUUGUUUAAGUUAAUAUUCUGAAACUAUUUACAAUUUUAGUUUAGUCAAAAAAAGAAUGCAAUUGGUAUUUUUUUUAUUUAAAUCCUACAAAACACAUCUCUACCCAUAUCCAUAUCUCAAAACCCUGGCUUUACUCCAUACAAUACUGGAUGGAGUAUGUCAGUGGUCCAUACUACUCACUGCAUUACAUAUCCCAUGAUCCUUCCUGCUCCCCGUAUAAUACGUCUAACUCCUUUCCACUCCAUAGACACAUCUGUGCCUGUGCGCUACAUGCUAUCCACCACUGCAAAACAAAUGUAUGCCUGUACCCCAUAGCACUGUCUGCACCCCACAAAUCCACCCCAUAUGUGGCAUUCCACCUAUUUCUUUAAGGUAUAAUAAGGACCUCUAUCACAACUUUUGAUAUUUGUAGCUGACUUAAAUUUAGUUAUCCAUUCCUAUCAUAAAUGUCUGUGUCCUUUAGUGGCCCUGGAAUUAUCACAGACUGAGCUCCACAUUGAGGAGCUGAGACAUCAUUAUCGUGUGGAACGAGCUGUGUCUGAAGGAGCCGAAAAUGCAGUGAGACUUAUCGGAACUACCAGGACCCAGGACAAAAGUGCUGUCAACGAGGUAACGUCAUUGCUUCAAAUUCCAUGUGUCCCUUCCGUGAAUUAUUAUUUUUUUUUUUUUGUGAUUCACCGUUCAGACUGUCUAGAAAUAUAUUGCAAAUUCGUUUGCUAUUGUGUUGUGCUGUCAUCUCUGCUAUUGCUUUGAAGAAGAGCAGGAAUCAAAUUUACACUACAGCUUUAAUGGGAAAUCUCAGGGUAUUAAUGGGAACUCUCAGGGUAUUAAUGGGAAAUCUCAGGGUGUUAAUGGGAAAUCUCAGGGUAUUAAUGGGAACUCUCAGGGUAUUAAUGCACACCAUGCUCUAGUAAUCUCUCGCAUGGAUUAUUGUAACCCUCUCCUAAUUGAUCUUCCCAAAAGCCGUAUUGCCCCGCUACAGUCUGUAAUGAAUGCUGCCGCCAGACUGAAUUUCCUCUCUAGUCGGUCCUCUCCCACAUCACCCCUUUGUCAGUCCUUACAUUGGCUUCCUGUAUCCUAUAGGAGUCAAUUCAAAGUGCUAACCCAUACCUAUAAAGCAUUGACCAAUUCUAGCCCCUCUUAUAUCUCCUCACAGAUCCAUAGGUAUCUGGCUCUGUCUCUCUGCUCUGCCCGUGACCUUCUCCGGUCCGCUGCUCGCACCCAUAUGGCCAACUCACACUUGCAGGACUUCUUGCGGGUGGCUCCCUUCCUAUGGAGCAGCCUGCCUACCCCCAUCAGACUCUCCCCUAGUCUUCAAUAGUUUAAGAAGUGCCUUAAAACCCAUCUCUUCAGGAAAGCUUAUGGCCUCCCAGAGUAACCUCUACCUUACAUACCUGUGCCUUGCUCUCUCCUAAAGGGCAGCACUCUACUAUCUCCUCCAGCUCUGCUUCACUCCCACCUUAUUUGAUUGUUAUUUCCUGUCCUAAUGUGUUUUAUGCCCCACCUCCUAUAGACUGUAAGCUUGUUUGAGCAGGGUCCUCUUCAACCUAGUUGAGGGCUAUGCAGAACAGCAUUGGGGAUAGCCAUCACCUUGGUUUAUGCCACAUUUGAUGUAAUUGUCCUGGAACUGGCUUCUAGAGUUGUUCCCCACAUGCCCAUCAAAUUCUUGAUGAAGGCUCUUACGGUAUUGUUGACCUUGUAUAGAGCCAAUCAUUUCAGUAUCCAUGUGUGUGGCAUUGUGUCAUUGGCUUACUUGUAGUCAAUCCAGACUGUGCACAGAUUGGGCUGUUGGUCUUGGAAUCUUGUGUGACUAUCUGGUCUACCAGCAGCUGGUGUUUUGGGCCUCUGAUGUUUGUUUCCAAUCUCCUUCCGCAUAUUGCUCAUGUACCAAUUUUGAUCUUGGAGACUAUGAUGCCUGACAGACCUUCCUUGUUUUGGGGAGACAGGUGAUUGGUCAAUAGUUAGCUGGUGCUUUUCCCUUGUGAGGGUCCUUUAAGACUUGUAUUGUUCUGCCUUCUGUAACCCAGACAGGGUGGGAACCUGUUGCUAGUAGCUGGUUAAUCAUGCAUCAUUGUUAGUUUCUUUAUACAGUAGGUGUGGAUUGUAUCAGGUGCUGACCAACUCUUUGUCAGCUACUAGUUGUUGUGUUUCCAAUUGUGAUGGGUACAGGCUCCUGUUCUAGAAUCAUGCAGUGGUUUGCUUUCAGAUCUAGCAGACUCUGGGCCUUGGUGUUAUGUGAUGCAUUUUUCUCUCAGAGAAAGUCUCAGUUCCGGGUGGGUCUUAGGUGGGCAUGCUGGUACCAUGCAACUGUGCAUAUUCUUUGGAUGGUUCAUUGGUAAACAUGGGAUUUAUUCUCUUAGCCUCUGCUUCUUUGGUGUAUUUGCUCAGUCUGGUUGUGAGUGCUGUCAGCCUUUACUUAGCUUUUUCCAGAGCCUCUAAAAUGGGCUUACCCUUGUAUUUCCUCAGUAGCCAAGAUCUAUCUUUGAUCUUUCCACCUCUGUGAAGUUAUUCCAGCUUACAAGCUUCCUAACAUGUUGCCUUUAUCUUGGCUUCCAGUCUUAGUCUCCAUGGUAGGCAUUGCUUCUUCUCUUUCAGUCUUAACUUGUAGUCAAGCUGUUGAAGGACCACUAACGCGAUGGCAUAUAUGAGCUAGUUGAUCUCUGUGAUAGUGUUGGUUGGGAUUGUAGAUAGCGGCUCAUUAAACCGCUGCUAGCAUAUUGUCUGGUUGCAGUUGUUCAGUGACCUUUGAUUGUCUUGUCUGGUAGUCAAGGACUGCUAGCUUUUCAAUGAUCAUCUGUUAUGCGAUCUUGGGGCACAGAUGCAGGUUGGCGAAUAUAUAUAUAUAAAUAUAUAACACAUUUAAGAUUUAUGAAUAAUUAUUUCAAAUAAAACCUGAGCAGUGGGUGGAGUGGUUUGUUCUAGGAUAAAGAGGGUAUAUAUUUUAUAUAAGUCCCUUUACCCAUUUAUGAUAAAGUUUACUAAUUUUCUUUCUUUGUGGCAGUGCCAGGAUUAAUGUAGUGCAGCAAAGUUGUUUUUUUCCAUUAGAAACACAAGUUCACCCAAAACAUAAAAAGUGUACAAAGGGACCUAAGCAGGGGGCAUAAUUAACAAUUUGGCCCUGCACUAGGCACACCUAGUGUACACCUAUGCUCAUUUUGAGAAUCUUUUUGGAUGAAUUGCGCCAACGCUGAACAUAGUGACAUAACCCACAAGGGCUGUGUCCUGCAAAUUGUACUUACUAUCACAGGUCUAUUAAGGACCGCUAGAGGGAAGGAUUAUACUAGCUCGUGGUGACCUGUGUACAUGGAUUUUGGAUACUGGUCUUUGCACUUUAUUUCAUCUAGUUUUGGACUCUAUAGCCAGGAACCAGUACUUGUGGUCAAGUGUACAAUUGGAUCUUGGAUUGUGUCAUGGACGGUCUAUUCUGUAUGCAGUGUCUGAAUAUUUACUCAUGUAAAUUUCUCAGUGCUUGGUCCACUUUUAACUAUUUCAGUGCUAUGUUUAUCUUUUCUAUGUUUUGUAUUUGUUUUGUACAGCAGUUUUAAUUCUCUACUAUACUCACAUUAUUUUUUUUAUAUUUUGGAAAAUGUAUUAGUAAAUGUUGUUCUAUAGUGUUCAUGCACUCCCUAAUUGUUUCAUAUGAUUUUGGUAUAGAUGAGUUAAACAAGUCACCCUAUCCUUAUUAGGGUUAGCAGUUUGUUUGUUCAUCUAUAUUUUAUUGCACUUUAGUACAAACAAUAAUAUAUUCUAUUUCUAGGUCUUUGCGUAGCACAUUGUUCACUGAUAUAGCAGAGUAGUUUAUUUUAAUUCUAAUUAGAGUAAUUAGAAGAUUCUGAAUAGGGUUAAAGCCCUUAACCACGCUGGGCAUCAUUAUUUGAGGCAGAUAUUUCCUCUACAACUCCAUUGUUUUUUGAUGGAUUUUGAACCUGUGUCUCACUUUUUGAUCCUUUCAUUUAGGUUCAAGCUCGUUUGGUGGAAUCUAGGCAGAGACUGGAUCUCCUAACUCUUUCUCUUCAAAGAUGUCUGGAUAACUUACCACAUGAUCACCCUAAAAGAUGUCUUAUAAGAGAGGAAAUGGUUAUGUGUGUCUCUCCCACAAGACUUGGGGCUCCCACACCACCAACUCCCUAUAGCACAGUCUCCAAACCUGCUCCUCUCACAGGUAACUGCAAUGACAAUGUAACUGUGCCCUUUCACUCAAGUUAUAACACAUAUUUCCUCCUUCUACAUCAAUAUUAAUUCCUACAUAUUUCCUGGAACCUCAAUUGCAGAAAAAAAAAACAUUUCAGUCAACUAUUCAUUGCACAAACAACUCAGAUCCUGUUUGAGUUGUCAUAAUACCAAUUACAGGAUGAGUCAAAUAUUAGUUACAUCAUUUAAAGUAACUUCUUAGGGUACAAUAAUUUACUCCUUAAAGGGACACUCUAAGCACCAAAGCUGCUACCUUUUAAUGUAGUGGUUUCGGUGAAUAGAUGCUGCUCCUUUUAUCUAGCGAUGUAAAACAUUGCCAUUAGGAUCAGUAAUGUUUGCCUUUGCAGAGGACGUGCCUCUUAAUGAAUGUCACACUGGCAUCCACUAAAGUCACAUCCUCUGUAAGACAUUCUAGAAUCGAAACAUGAUGGUGCCAAAAUCAACCAAUGCUUCUCGCGCCACAGAGUCUCAUCUCUUCUCUAUGAGAAGCAGUGGACCGAGAUCAUCCAUUAUAAUGGUCUUUGAAAACGUUGAGCGACUGCUGUAGGGAGUUUGCGCUUCAAAAACAGUGGAACAUACCAGUGUGGGUGUUGCAAAGCCUGCAAAUAUAUCCGCAGACACUCAAAGACAUUUUCAGAUUCAGGUGGAACAGAAAUAUUUAAUACCAAAACCUUCUUUAACUGCCUAACUUCAGGUAUAGUGUAUCUACUAACCUGUAGCUGCAAUUUGAAAUAUAUGGGAAAAACCAGCAGAGCAUUUAAGAAGCAUAUCUUAGAGCAUAUCAACUCAGUUAAUCCAUCUAGACAUGCUGACACCCCAAUUUCUAAACACCUAAAGUUACAUCAUGGGGGAUCUUCUCAAGGAUUACGCUUCAGCAGAAUAGAAAAAAUAAAUCUGGGCCCCAGUUAAAACUAUUACAGAGAGAGAGCUAUUGGAUAUACAAACUAAAAACGCUCUCCCCAUUUGGCUUGAAUGAAGGAUUUUCGUAUACUCCAUUCAUAUCUGAUUGAUAACUGUAACCUGUAUUGGCUUAAAAGCACUUUAUAUAUAUAUAUUUUUAAACAAUGUCCAUGAUCACUCUUGUCAAACCAAAUAUCCUUUUUUUUGCCCAUAACUGUACUCAUUCAAUGAUUAAACACCAAUAUUGUAAAUUUAUAAUGAGACACCUUAACUUGCAUGUACCUUUAAGAUAUUGAAAAAACCCGUGAUCAAGGUCAUAAACUGUACCCAAAACCCUAACCAACAUGUAAAACAUUCUGUAAAUAUUUAAUGAUGACAGUACAAGCAAUUCACACAGUAAUAGGAACAACUAUAAUGAUCCAUAUCACUAUUUAAAACAUGUACACUAUGAGUCAUAUCCAAGUUGCACAAAGAUAAACUCAAUAAGUUAUGAAUUAACAAAACACUGGAUUACCAUAAUCUUUAUCUUGACAUACUAAAAACAAUAGAGAUAGUGAAAUAAGUUUUUGGUAUAACUUGGAUAAACAUAAAGGGUUAAAAGUAUGUUUGCCCUGUAAAUGAUAUUAAUAUUUAGAUACUCAUGAACCUAUAUAGUCUCCAAUUUGUUGUAGUGAAUGCAAUAUUCAUCUGCAUUUACAGUCUAAUAUAUGAUCACAUUAGUAAUCCUUAGUACAUCAUAUAUAUUGUAGUAGCAAUAUAAAUAGACUUAAGCUUGUUCUAUAUAUAUUUAAGGGGAACUUCCUAACCUUCAACUAUCACUAAAUAUGACGGUUUUUAUAAAGAUCUUCCUUCAUGACUAUAAAGAAAGUAUUUAUCUCUUAAGUAGUCUGAACUGGGAUGGAUUGCCCGAUCAGCACUGAAGGAGUUAAAGUUAGUCCUGAUCUGUUCACAGAUCACAACGGAAGCUGAAAGGAAUUAAUUAUACCACUUAGCAGCUGAUUGGCUGCAAUCCACAGCUCCCAUGUGGGGUAGGGGGUAUAUAAGAAAGCAAAGAGUCAGUGUGCGUCUGACCCCUGAUGAAGGUGCACACGCUGUGCACCGAAACGCGCAUCGGGCAUCUUCUUUUCUCUUUGGCACAGGGCACUAUACACCUAUUCACAAUGGUGUUACAUAUCAUGCAGACUUAAACAUGAUAUAAUUUUAUAGCACUUCCCUUUUUUAUUUUUCUUACUCCUCUGACUAUUGAACAAGUUUAACAGAGAGAGAGGCUUGUCUUUUACCUAUACUACUCUGUCUACCAUAACAACUUUAGGUCAUUAUACUGCAGCAUUUUGCAACUAUAUUUUUGCCACAAUUGAUACAUUUGGCAAAACAUAUAUAGAGUUUAACAAGGAACAUUUUAACUGUUUAAUAUCUGCAUAUUAUUAUUCUUAUUAUUAUUAUUGCCAUUUAUAUAGCGCCAACAGAUUCCGUAGCGCUUUACAAUAUUAUGAGAGGGGGGAUUUUACUAUAAAUAGGACAGUUACAAGAAAACUUACAGGAACAAUAGGUUGAACUUGCCCAAUCGAGCUUACAGUCUAUAGGAGGUGGGGUAUAAAACACAUUAGGACAGGAAAUAUCAAUCAAAUAGGGUGGGAGUGAAGCAGGGCUGGAGGAGAGAGUUGAGUGCUGCCCUUUAGGAGAGAGCAAGAGAGAGAGAGACAGGUAUGUAAGGUAGAGGUUGUUCUGGGAGGCCAUAAGCUUUCUUAAAGAGAUUGGUUUUGAGGCACUUCUUAAAUGAUUGAAGACUAGGGGAGAGUCUAAUGCGGGUUGGCAGGCUAUUCCAUAGGAAGGGAGCCACCCGCGAGAAGUCCUGCAAGUGCGCGCUGGCCGUACAAUUGCGAGCAGCGGACAGGAGCGGACAGAGUGGAGGGACAGAGAAGAGGGACCGAGAAGGGGCAUACCUAUGGAUCUGUGAAGAGAUAUAAGAGGGGCUAGAAUUGUUCAGUGCUUUAAAUGUAUGGGAUAGCACUUUGAAUUGACUCCUAUAUGAUACAGGAAGCCAAUGUAAGGACUGAAAAAGGGGUGAGGUGUGACCGUUCUUAUUAUCCUAUUUAAUUUAACCACUUAACCCUGAGAAGUGUUAAAAGGUAUAAUAGGUCCAAUUUAAUUUGUUGCAGAUCUAAUAACAGUUCUUAUUCUUGUUUAGAUGUGUAUAUACAACUGCAGCCCAUGAUUAUACUUACCUGAAUAUUCUGGUGGAAAGUCUCCACAUAUUAUUCUGGUAAUUAACAUACCAAACCAUCUCACCUAACUUACAUCUUAACAGUGCGACAAUUUGCACUACCUAAUAUGGUACCCUGAUAUUUAAAUAAUCCCUUUACAUUGGCAAAUAAAUUAAUAAAGCCAGAAAUUGAAAGGAUACUACUAUCAUGGUUUCCAUAUAUCAGUCAGAGGUUUAGCCAACAGACUUUGAUAAUAAACACCUGCUCUCUUUACUAUUUGGUUAAGUGCAUAUUUAAUAUUGUUAACUAUUUCUCCAGUUAAACGCUCACGCUCAAAAACUAUUUUGCGUGAGAGCGUUUUGAAUUUUUUGUUUCUAUUUUGAGUAUAGGGGUUAAACCCAGAGACAUUACUUACUGGAGGGUCUCUCUGGUGAUAUAAUUCAGUAAGGGUGGACCUGCAAGCACAGCCCACCUUAGCUGAAUAUAUUUUCAUAUUUGGAGUUUGCUCUGACACUGGAAUGAGGGUGAGCUUCAUUUUUUAACCUUGAGAGUAAACAGUUACGAUACACACAAGGUAUAUUAUCUUUGUUUAGUCUUUGUUGUGUGUAUCAGAUUAAUUGAAGCAAAGUAUCUCAGUAAAUGUUGCUCUAGUACAGGGGUCAGCAACCUAUGGCAUGUGUGCCAUCAAUGGCACUCGAGGUGCUUUUGCAUGACACUCAAGGCUGCCUUAGAAAAACAGGCUCUAGCCUAUCAGGAGUUCCACUGGUACUUUAAAUAUCUGCUAGUGCAAACUGAGCGCAUUGCAGUAAAAAUAGGAAGUGAUCUCAGAUCACGUCAUCCCAGCACUUGAGAAAGGGAAUCCGCACUGGAGUAGAGCUUCUGCUCUUGACCUGCACCUGGCCAGCCGGACCCCAGGGAAGUCAACCACUCUGUUUGAAUAUACACAGAGCUGCAGAAGAUGCCCCACCAUACAAAUAAUACAAACAACCCACACAUAAACACACACUCAAUCCCCACAAACACAACACCACUGACAAUCUACGUAUACACACAGCCCCAAACAGACUCUCACAUGCAAUACCACAAGCAUCCCCACAAAUACACACUAUGUGACAUAUCAUCCACAUACAAAAUUCCACAAGCAGCCCCCAUACACAGCCUACAUUUAUAUGUAUCCUACACAAUAGCACAAACUACACAUGAAUAUAUACAAUAUAAAAGCCCACAAAUUCACAAAUACAAAGCACUAAAGCAACCGCAGCACCCAUAUAUAACACAAGCAGAAUACGGCAUCAUACACACCUUAAUCUAUACAAAAUAGCACCUGCACACCAAGAGACUUCAAGAUCUUGUUUUGGCACAGUGCUAUUAAAAGGUUGCCUACCCCUGCCCUAGUACCUACGAGUAGCAAUUUAAGUCUAACAGAAUAGCUGCCUCCUCACUGUCCUGAGACAAGCUAACCUCAAGACUCAUCAAUUUGCAGUAACACAAAGUACCUUAAGGUGGUGAUCUACUCCUUAUGAUUCCCAAAUUGCUAUACAGUUUUGUUUAAACUGCAUUGAAAUUGAAUGUUACUGGAGAUAUCCUUCUGUAGAUCUUCUGUCUAAUGCAGAGAUGGAUGUGAAGUGUUCCUGAGAAGAUGUUUAUCAUCACUGCUCUAGAUUCUUAGUGUCAAAGGCUAACUAUCACUGCUCUCGUUGUCCUAACUUGAUGUAUAACUGUUACAGAACUGUUCGAAAUGUAAUAAAUUGCUAGCAAAUCACCUUGGAAUUUCACCUGACCACAAUGGACACGGCCUCCUUGAGCACUGUUACCACUAGUAACUCCAUGUUCUCCUAACCUUGUUACAAGUCCAUCACUAUGACUGGUGAUUCCCACUGACCACCAGGAUCCAGGCCAGUCAGAACUUUAGACGAGUGAUGCUCUACCAGUGCUGUAUCAGGAGUAAAGACAUCCGUACAUGCCCAGAACUCAAGGGCGCUCCUUUCCCCAAGACUCCAGGAACACCUUUUCCAUAAUCGUGGAACUCUGAGCUGCAUCAGACUAGAGUGUUGUACCUCAUGCUAGGAACCGUAUGAUCCUUAUGAACUCUGUGCAGUUGGGCCUGGGAGCUGUAUGGAGAUGUACACGAUUUGGGAAGUAUCUGUUGGGAAGAGAGGUGUUUGGGGCUUGGAAUCCUUGGGGCUCAUGUAUGUGAAAGCACUACUCUACUUAAUGUAAUUAACUGAACAGUGAUUAAAUCAGUGUUUCACAGCUCAGAUAUGGUGGUGCUGGGGAGGGAUUGUUCUGUUAAUCACCCCUGCUGUUUUUCCCACUAUAAAUACCUGUUUGUUAUGCCAAUAAAGGUUUACCCACUCUAUGUUUCGGCUAGUGUAUGGGUAAAUGGAUAUUUUCACAACUGCGAUAUCCCGUUACUAAGGAAGAUAGCGGACAUACUCAGGCUGAGUACCGAAUUCCGCUACAAUAACUGAUCACAGCAUCAGUGGGGUCCUGUAGACCCUAGCUGUAGAAUAAAUGGUCUGUCUGAGGACAAAAAGCUAUUUAUCAGUAGAUGGAUCAGUAAAUGAUAUGAUUUUGGUCCGUAUUGAGAGCAAUUAUCUAUAACAAAAUUUAACAACAAUUUCCAGAAAACCUAUUUAAUGAAUUAAUGAAACUAGACAAGUCCUCAAAAAAUAUAAAAUAUAAAACACAAAAAAUAAAAAAUAAAAAACUUUAUUAUUUAUUUGUAACCUACAGCUUGAAAUAAUUUACAAGCAUAAUUUUAAUACCAUCACCGUCUAAAAAUGGCCCCAGGCACUUUAACAAAUCUAGUAUAGAGCUAUAGUAACUGUAGCUUUAAGGAUUACUGCUGGGUGAAGGUUAAAAACCCUUCAGCCACUUACCUGAAUCUAGCGCUGAUGUUCCUCGUCGCUGGGUAGGCUCCACCCACACUCCUCCCCUGCCAACAUCAGCUGGCAGGUGAGACCUAAUGCGCACCUUAUUCAAUGCUUUCUUAUGUGGUCUGUGAGGACGUCCAGCGUCAGGUAACGGACCAAAAGUCUGUUUGGAUUCCGGAAGCGCCCCCAAUGGCUGUCUGUUAGACAGCCACAGAGGGCAGACUUAGAGCUGCAAUGUUUUACAUUGCAGCACUAAGUGCAAAAGGGUCACAGCACCAAGACUACUUCAAUUAGCUGAAGUAGUCUGGGUGCCUACAGUGUCCCUUUAAAGCCAGGUUAAGAUGUAAAAAUUAAUUCAUUAGUUGCUCGCUCUCUGGGCUGUGGAAAUUACUGCCCCAACCAGUUACUAAAAUUGUUGCAAUAAUAAUAGUAGCAACUUGGAGAUUGCAACAAAGUAGAAAAAAAAACUUAAUAGGUUCCAUUAAAGGACCACUAUAGUGCCAGGAAAACAUACUCGUUCUCUGAAACUGCUAUGUUUACAGCAGAAAGGGUUAAUCCUAGAUGGACCUGGCACCCAGACCACUUCAUUAAGCUGAAGUGAUCUGGGUGCCUAUAGUGGUCCUUUAAUUCUUUAAAUAUGUUUUCUGGAAAUUGGGGAAGCAGGGAUGCCAGUUACAUAGUUACAUAGCUGAAAAGAGACUCACGUCCAUCAAGUUCAGCCUUCCUUGCAUUUGUUUUUUGCUGUUGAUCCAAAAGAAGGGAAAAAAACAGUUUGAAGCACUUCCAAUUUUGCAACAAACUAGGAAACAAAUUCCCUCUUGACCCCAGAAUGGCAGUCAGAUUAAUCCUUGGAUCAAGAAGCUAUUACCCUACAGUUGAAAAUUAUAUAAUUGAAUAUUCUGUUUUUGCAAGUAUGCAUUUAGUUGUUGUUUAAACAUCUGUACAGACUCUGAUAAAACCACUUUUUCAGGCAGAGAAUUCCAUAUCCUUAUUGUUCUUAUGGUAAAAACAAACCUUUUCUUUGCCUUAGGCUACAGUGAGGGAGAAAAGUAUGUGAUCCCCCGCUGAUUUUGAACGUUUGUCCACUGACAAAGAAAUAAUCAGUCUAUAAUUUUAAUGGUAGGUGUAUUUUAACAGUGAGAGGGAGAACAACAACAACAACAAAAAAUAUCCAGAAAAACGCAUGUCAAAAAAGUUAUAAAUGAAUUUGCAUGUCUAUGAGUGAAAUAAGUAUUUGAUCCCCUAUCAAUCAGCAAGAUUUCUGGCUCCCAGGUGUCUUUUAUACAGGUAACGAGCUGAGAUUAGGAGCACUCUCUAACAGGCAGUGCUCCUAAUCUCAGCUCUUUACCUGUAUAAAAGACACCUGUCCACAGAUGUAAUCAAUCAGUCAGAUUCCAAACUCUCCACCAUGGCCAAGACCAAUGAGCUGUCCAAGGAUGUCAGGGACUGUAGACCUACAUAAGGCUGGAAUUGGCUACAAGACUUUUGCCAAGCAGCUUGGUGAGAAGGUGACAACAGUUGGUGCGAUUAUUCACAAAUGGAAGAAACACAAAAUAACUUUCGGUCUCCCUCGGUCUGGUGCUCCAUGAAAGAUCUCACCUUGUGGAGUUUCGAUGAUCUUACAUGGGAGGAUCUUGUUAAUGAUCUCAAGGCAGCUGGGAACAUAGUCACCAAGAAAACAAUUGGUAACACACUAUGCCGUGAAGGACUGAAAUCCUGCAGCGCCCCCAGGUCCCACUACUGAAGAAAGCACAUGUACAGGCCCGUCUGAAGUUUGCCAAUUAACAUCUGAAUGAUUCAGAGGAGAACUGGGUGAAAGUGUUGUGGUCAGAUGAGACCAAAAUUGAGCUCUGUGGCAUCAACUCAACUCACCGUGUUUGGAGGAGGAGGAAUGCUGCCUAUAACCCCAAAAAUGCCAUCCCCACCGUCAAACAUUGAGGUGGAAACAUUUUGCUUUAGGGGUGUUUUUCUGCUAAGGGGACAGGACAACUGAAAAUGGGUCGUGGAUGGGUAUUCCAGCAUGACAAUGACCAAAAACACACAGCCAAGGCAACAACGGAGUGGCUCAAGAAGAAGCACAUUAAUGUCCUGGAGUGGCCUAGCCAGUCUUCACACCUUAAGCAUAUUGAAAUUCUGUGGAGGGAGCUGAAGGUUCGAGUUACCAAACAUCAGCUUCAAAACCUUAAUGACUUGGAGAGGAUCUGCAAAGAGUGGGACAAAAUCCCUCCUGCAAACCUGGUGGCCAACUACAAGAAACGUCUGACCUCUGUGAUUGUCAACAAGGGUUUUACCACCAAGCACUAAGUCGAAGGGGUCAAAUACUUAUUUCACUCAUUGCCAUUCAAAUCAAUUUAUAACUUUUUUGACAUUUUGUUUUUCUGGAUUGUUUUGUUAUUCUCUUUCUCACUGUUAAAAUACCCUACCAUUAAAAUUAUAGACUGAUCAUUUCUUUGUGAGUGGGCAAAUGUUCAAAAUCAGCAGGAGAUCAAAUACUUUUCUCCCUCACUGUAGUCUAAGGCAAGAAAAGGUUUGUUUUUACCAUAAGAACAAUAAGGAUAUGGAAUUCUCUGCCUGAAAAAGUACUGUUUUCCCUCACUGUAAAUCUUCAUUCUUCCAGCAAGUCCUGUUUGCGAAUAGAUUUCCACCCAAUGAUUUGUAUUGGCCCCGGAUAUAUUUGUAUAAUGUUAUCAUAUCCCCUCAGAGGCGACGUUUUUCUAAACUAAAGAGAUUUAAAUUUGUUAACCUUUCUUCAUAGCCAAAAUGUUUAGUUUAAACGGCAAUUGGAUAAAUACUUGCAAAAACAUAACAUACAGGGAUAUAAUUUCUAAUUAGUGGGGUAAUAGCUGCUUUAUCCAAGGAGAUAUCUGACUGCUAUUUUGGGGUCAAGAAGGAAUUUUUUUCCUAGUUUGUUGCAAAAUUGGCAGCGCUUCAGACUAGGUUUUUUGCCUUCUUUUGGAUCAACAGCAAAAACAUAUGUCAGGAAGGCUGAACUUGAUGGAAGUAAGUCUCUUUUCAGCUAUUUAAGUAUGUAACUAUGUAAUGUUCCAUUCCUUUUAUUAAUUUUGUAGCCCGCCUCUGCACUCUUUCUAGUGCCAUAAUAUCCUUCUUUAGAACAGGUGCCCAAAAUUGCACAGCAUAUUCAAUAUGUGGUUUUACCAGGGAUUUAUAAAGAGGCAGAAUUAUAUUCUCAUCCCUAGAAUGAAUGCUCUUUUUCAUGCAUUACAAUACCUUACUGGCCUUAGCCACUGCUGAUUGACAUUGCACAUUGUUGCAUAGUUUGUUGUCUAUAACAAUUCCCAAUUCCUUCUCCACUAAGGGUAUAGGUUGCUUGUGCAUUCUUUACGCCAAAGUGCAUAUCUAAUUUUUCUACAUUAAAUUUAAUCUGCCAGUUAACACACUGUCCUCCGCCCCAGGUGCUGCAACAUUUAGUAAACAAAUUAAAAAAUGUUUUUUCAAGAAACAAGAAAUUAGAAAUAAAAGUUCAUUUGGAACUCAACUGCAGGUGAAGAAAUGAGUUUAAUACUGUCACUUUAAGAAUAUUUGAUUUAUUGAUUUUAGGUGUAUUCAAUUUAACAAUUGUCUUUAGCAAUAUAAAUUGUAAAUAAUAUUCCAUAAAGUAAAGGUAGCUCCUGUUUAGGAUUGCUUAACAUAGAUCAUUAGACUUCAGUAGAAAUAAUGAAAUAAAGUAGAUCCAGAUUAGGAUUGUAUAACAUAGUCCAUCAGACUUCAGAAGUAAUAAGGAAAUAAAGCAGAUCCUGAUUAGGAAAGUAUAACACAGUCCUCUAGACUUUAGUUGCAAUUAUGAAAUAAACGUAGUAAACAUUCAUCAGCUUCAGUAAACUGGAGAACUUAGCUUGAUUACUGUAGAUGUUAAUAAAGGAAGUCCUUUCUAGAAUAGCAAAGAUAGAGGUUCACUGAAGUAAUUUGGGAAUUAGAAGUAAACGUAGUCAAAGUCCGUUCUGAGUCUGGGAGAUGAGAAGUCAGCAAUGUCGGUAUCAGAGGUUCGGUACACAGCUUAUUGAGAGAGCCGAGUCUGGGAGAUGAGAAGUUAGCAAUGUCGGUAUCAGAGGUUCGGUACACAGCUUAUCGAGAGAACCGAGUCUGGAAGAUGAGAAGUCAGCAAUGUCGGCAUCAGAGGUUCGGUACACAGCUUAUGGAGAGCGCCGAGUCUGGGAGAUGAGAAGUCAGCAAUGUCGGUAUCAGAGGUUCGGUACACAGCUUAUCGAGAGAACCGAGUCUGGAAGAUGAGAAGUCAGCAAUGUCGGCAUCAGAGGUUCGGUACACAGCUUAUGGAGAGCGCCGAGUCUGGGAGAUGAGAAGUCAGCAAUGUCGGUAUCAGAGGUUCGGUACACAGCUUAUGGAGAGUGCCGAGUCUGGGAGAUGAGAAGUCAGCAAUGUCGGUAUCAGAGGUUCGGUACACAGCUUAUGGAGAGCGCCGAGUCUGGGAGAUGAGAAGUCAGCAAUGUCGGUAUCAGAGGUUCGGUACACAGCUUAUGGAGAGCGCCGAGUCUGGGAGAUGAGAAGUCAGCAAUGUCGGUAUCAGAGGUUCGAAACACAGCUUAUCAACAGAGGGCCCUCCAUUGGCACUUGGAAACAAGUUGGUAACAAAUUGAUUAAGCGAUCUGAUAGGGGCCGUGGCUUCCUUUUACUAUGGAAGCGCGUGAAGUCAGGCGCAUAUGCGGAGUUGGAUCGGCAAAUACCCGGAAGUCAUUACACGUGAACACCAAUCGGACAGAAAUGAUAAUGGAAAUCAUGACAGUGAGAUACUCCUAUGUAGAUCCUAAAUGCUUUAGGUGUUUGGUGUGACCUUUGCCCCUGUAUAUUACUUUUCGUUUUGUGCCGAUUAAACCUCCUAUUAAUUUUGAACACUUUCAUUGGCGUUAUUUGUAAUUUUUGUUUUUAGAUGAAUAACAUGCAGGAUCCCUUACCAAAUACUGCAAGUAACAUCAGCAAUAAUUAUUCAAAAUAGCCAUAUCUGUGAUUACCCACAAAACACUUAAUACAUUUAAUGAGCAAUAAGGCAUUCAGAUGCAGGUCUACCCAGGAUUAAAAAGUUGGCAGUGUCUGCAAUGCUUAACUAGGCCAAAAUGGUGUUCAACUACAACUGUGAAAAGCAGGCUAAGGGUGAUGGAAUCUUCCAUUUAAAUUUACUGUGUCUCUUCAUCUUAAUAUUCUAUUUUAAUGUAUGCAGGAAAAAUGUUUGUUUUGACCUCUGACCUGUAUCUGAUUAACCUCUGAUAUGUGAAUAUCCUUUAAUACACCAACCAUUAUUCAACACGUGGCUCCUUUCCAUUUUUAAGAUUUGGCUAAAUUCUUCUUACAGGUGUCCUAGAGGUUCGGCUUCUGGGAUGUUCUAACCUCUUAGAGACUGUCCCUGGUCGCACACGGAGUUCUCCAGUCUGGUUACCGGGUAGCAGUCCCUCUGAGGGGCGGAGUAUACGAACACGCAGUGGGAAGAACAUGUAUUCACGCACAGCCAGCUUGAGCCGCAGCGAAGAACUCUCCAGUAUGUAAAAUUAUAUUUUAUUUACAAGUCAAACAAUCAAAUAAUACACCUAUUUAUUAUUUGCAAACAAUGAUGCACACAUAUACACAGGAAAAGCAUGAAUAUUCCAUAAAGAAAUCCCUUUUCCACCAUUCCUCAUGUUUAUAUACCAGUUAAGUAAACUUAAACUUGUUACUCUCUGCACAUAACUAUCUAAUGGCAAGCCUAAAAUAUUACCUGUGGGAGACUGAUAUGUCAGUAUUGACUAACAUGAUAUGGUAGCCUAACCGUGCUUAUUGCACCGACAAUGUGCUCCAUCGUUUAAAUGUAAUGCUCAUUUUCAGUAACAGCACGACAUAGAAACAUAGAAACAUAGAAUGUGACGGCAGAUAAGAACCAUUCGGCCCAUCUAGUCUGCCCAAUUUUCUAAAUACUUUCAUUACUUCCUAGUCUUAUCUUAUAGUUAGGAUAGCCUUAUGCCUAUCCCACGCAUGCUUAAACUCCUUUACUGUGUUAACCUCUACCACUUCAGCUGGAAGGCUAUUCCAUGCAUCCACGACAAGAGCUUAAUUUGUACAAAUUGUAAGGUAAUAACCAGACUGGCCACUGCGAGAUACCUCCCUAGGAGGCAUAAUCCAGCCUAACUAACGGACUCUCCUCUUGCAGGGGAGGAUAAACCUAAGCUCAGGGUGGGCAUGCUGUCUCAACCAAUACAUCUUGAACAUGCUCCACCCCUAGGAAUAGUGCCCAGUGGAUACUAAGCUACAGAAUAAACUAAAGAUUAACAUGUUACCCCUCACCCCAGUUUACUUGACAAAGUUAAUGUCUGCCUACCCAGUAAGCCUUGAUAACACUUGUUGCCUUUGCAUUGUCGGACAUAACUUAUUUCAGCCUGUAUUAAUACAAAAACGUGCAGUUCUAAAAAGUACGUUAGCUUUACCUUGAAAAUGUGUGCAGUUACCUCUUGUACUUUAACUUUACCAUAAAAAGGUGCCGUUGCAGCGAAAUGAAACAAAGUAAUACCUUGCAUAGAUCAAAACAUUAUGUACCAGUUUUCAUUGUGAAUUUUGCAUGUUCCUGCAUUCGUUGUUGUGACAAUGCAGGAUGCUUUGUACACCUAUGUACAAUAAAAAUAAAGAAUUUAACCUGUCCUUGGACUCGGCCCUAGACACCACAUCGGUCACUCCCAAUAGGCAUGACCCAAUACGUAAGCGUUUCUCCCACCUCCUGGACCACUCACAGCUAUACGAGUGCUGGAGAAUAAGUCAUCCCAAUAGGACUACUCCUACUACUCCCCAGCAACUCAUACAUACUCCAGGUUGGACAUGUUCUUUUUGCCACAUAGGUUCUUACGUCUAGUGACAUCAUGCUCUUAUGGCCCUAUCACAUGGUCAGACCAUGCGCCCCUGUCUCUUACCGUUCAUAUAUCCUACCUACCCUUAAAAUCUUAGCAAUGGAAACUAAAUGACCUGCUAUUGAAUGACAAAUUAGUGGCCAAACAAAUACAAACCUCCCUUCAACAUUACUUCACAGAAAAACUCCUCCCCACAGACCUCCUCCCCCAAUAACAUGGGAAGCACAUAAAUGUGUGCUUUGGGGACAGCUCAUAGCUAUCGCCUCCCGACAGAAAAAAGUGAGAGAGGGUAAAAUUAAAUCCCUCAUAGAGGAUAUACGAGCUCUAGAGGCAGCCCCCCACAGUAAAGACUCCUUCCAGACAUACAAGGCGCUGCUCGCAAAGCGCACUGAGCUACAACAACUGUUGAACACACAGGUUCAACGCACACUACUACUCACCAAACACUCCUACUUCUACUCCGGAGGCAAAUGUGGACGUCUCUUAGCCUCUGCGUUGAAACAAAGUAGGCAAACAAAGUUCAUAGCAAAGGUUAAAUACCAAGACAAAGGCAUUUCACACACCCUGCCAGAUAUAAUGGAAGCCUUUCACAAGUUUUACUCAGAGCUAUACAACCUGCAGAGCUCCCCCUGUUGGCGACAGACAUUGAACGCUUCUUGGCUCCCCGGGUGCGUGAAAAAAUCCCUAGUGGAGCGCUGCAAACCCUAGACUGCCUUUGACGAAAGACGAAUUCUUUAAAGUGGUAGGCUCUCUACCUCAGCGGAAAAGCCCAGGCCCAGAUGGUUACACAGCCAAAUACUUUAAAACAUUCAAGGACAUACUAGCAGGCCCUUUUCUUGACGCUUUUAACUUCCUCACCGACACCCCAGCUCUACCGACCCCUGCUCUAGAGGCCCACAUCACCUCGUUACCAAAACCAGGAAAAGACCCCACCAAUUGUGGCAGUUAUCGCCCAUUUUCACUAAUUAAGUUGGACCCCAAAAUCUUUACUAAAAUACCCGCAAACUGUCUACGCCCCCUGCUUCCCAACCUCAUACACACAGACCAGACGGGCUUCGUCCCAGGAUGUGAGGCUAAGCACAACACGACAAAGCUUUUAAAUCUCUAUCUCAGUCUUACCACCUACCCAGCCUCCUGCUCUCGGUCGACGCUGAAAAAGCAUUCGACUGAGUGGACUGGUCACUCCUAAAAGCAACAAUGCACACUAUGGGCUUUGGGCCAAACUGGGCAAAAUGGCUUGAGGCUGUAUACUCUACCCCCACGGCCAAACUCAAAAUUAACGGACAACUGUCUGACCCAGUGCACAUACAGAACGGCACGAGACUGGGGUGCCCCCUAUCCCCUCUUCUCUUCAUCCUUACGAUGGAGCCAUUCCUUCUCCACGAUAUUGCAGACUUUCAAAUACGCGCAACUGACCCACUACAUACGAUCUACGCAAUCACACUUAGCUGGUUCCCGUACAUUCACAGCAUACGAAAUAUACUGCACAUCCCAAUCCCUCAAAAACAAACACCUAUCGAUAUUUUACAAGAUGCUCCAAGAAGUGCUUAAGGGACAAAUGCCACAAUACACCCUAGCAUGGAAUAGGGAACUCUCCACUAAUAUCUCUCAGGGGAAAUGGGGUACCAUAUUCCAUGGCAUACUGAAAUCCUCCAUCAGCACUGCUAUCCAAGAAAGCACAUACCAUAGAAUCUCGAGGUGGCACUACUCGCCCACCAAAUUACAACAUAUCUUCCCACACAUGCCAGAUACGUGCUGGCGAUGUGGGCAAAUGGGAGAAACGACAGCACACAUCUGGUGGCAAUGCCCCACCAUAAAAUCCUAUUGGAGGAGAGUGAGGGAGAUAAUCAACACCAUUACAGGGGGGACCAUAACACUCACUCCAGAAACAAUGCUCUUCAUACUAUUCCCAGACCCCAUCACCAAACCACAGAGGGUAUUAAUGACCCAUCUGCUCACGGCGGCCAACCUCCUCAUCCCGGUGCAAUGAAAGCCACCAGGGCCCCGUUGAUGAGGGAAUGGCUCCAGAAAGUGGAAUCAAUUCGAGUAAUGGAGGAGCUGACAGCCUCUAUGACUGGUAAAUACGCCUACUAUGCCUCCACCUGGGAACCCUGGUUAAAAUACAUAGGCAACACCACAACCUCUUGAGAAAUCAACUCGAACAGGGCCCUGUCACUGAGCAAUGGACCGAGCUAUAACAAAUCAUUAGGGGCCAGAGUACGUCUUGAACCCCUGAACCCCGCUCAUCCACCCUUCAGCUCUAAAAUUCGUAAAUUUUCAACUGCCUCAGCCUCCCCCCCCCUCCUCCCCCCACAACUCUUCAGGGCUGAACACACUGCUCCCUGCAAAGGAAGGUGGAGGUACCGGUCGCCUCACGGGCUCACCCCCCUCCAGAACGGAGGCCGCAAAAAAGGAGGAUGUGUGAAAACCACCCCUUGGUAAUUAAACCCCCGCCCCCCAGACGCAAAGGUUGGCUAGCCACAGACCUGGCUAAGAUGCUGGGACUUACCAGUCCCCGGUUAUAAUGUUUGGUUCACUUGCUGAUAAAUUGCUGCUGAAUACAGCAUUUACAUAGUAUAGCAGGAUGUGAACAAAAUGUCAGUACUAGAACAUGUUUGCGUUGUUUUUCCUUUUUUCUUUUCCUUUCUUUAUUUUCAAGUACUUUAUAGCAGUAUUCGCUAUCAGAGGUUUCUACAAGUGUGACUAGUGACUGUCUUAGUAUUUUCCUCGAUACAACAAACGGUCCUCCUAUCUGCAGAACAUAUACCCACAACUGGGACCGGUUGAAAUAGAGUAUUAUUGAAUAUACCCUGAAGGAAGACGACAGUAUCUAUUGUUAUCUUGUUAACGAUCCUCAGCUCUUCGGUUAUGGUUUUCAAACUGUCAUAGCAACCCGUAACGAGAGAUUAAAAUACACCACUAAUAACUAUGCAGCUCUAGGGGGCUAGUAAGUUUUGACCACAGGUUAAAUAUACGGGGGCAUACAAUCACAGGGUUGGUGGACAGCCUCAUGAAACGGUACUACAAAGUAACGAACAUGACCAUCACAAGAUGUUAACAUAUGUAUCUAUGAGGCUCAGCAGUAGACAACUUAGUCUCCUCAUACCAGACAACCGAGAGACUUGUACAACACUUGUCCCUAAUGCCCUAUUGUACAAUGCUUUUUAAUGUACUUUAUCACUGUACUUUUCAUACUCUGUAGUGUAACCUCGAAAAUUUGUCAAUAAAAAUCUUUACAAAAAAAAAAAAAAAGAAUAAAAAUAAAUAAAUCCUUUUUCCAAUGAUUUAUAUUUACCACGUAAAUAUUUAUGUGCCCGCAGGUGAGGUGAGCGUUGUCUUGCGGCUGGACAAUGUUAUGGUAGGACAAACCACCUGGAAAUCAGAAGGAAGAGAUGCGUGGGAUCAGAUAUUUAAACUGAACCUAGAACGGGUGAGAAAAGAGAGGGUAGAGAUAACAUCAUGCUACAAAGGAGAGGCAAUGGCUACUCCUACAUAAACAUAGUGCUAUAAAGUAAUCACAUGUCAAUCUAGGUGUGGGUGCUCAGCCUUGUGUCAAGGUAGGUGAGAGCACUGAUCGUUAUCUGAUCUAAGUAUGAUCACUGUGUGUGUGAUGCCAACAGGGAGCACUCAGCCUAUUUUGGCCAUAAGUUUAAAAUUCACUUUGAAUUCUCUGUUUAGUGAAUAACCCCAUAAAUAUUGUGUGAAGCACAGUGCCAGCAGUACACAUUACGUAACACCACUUGUUAGCACUGAACAUUGUAAAAAGCUGGAUGUGAACACUAAGCAUUGUGUCAAGCUAGAUGCACACAUUAAAUAUUAAGUGAGGUUGUGUGAAUACCAUACACUGUGUAAACUGUCCCCAUGUUGACAUAUUAUAGAAUACUCUGAAUAUUUAACAUGUAAUAUUUAUGUCUCUACACACAGUCGCGAGAAUUGCAGGUGUCUGUGUAUCGAAGAGACUUCCGCUCACUUUGUGCUAUUAAAUACGUCAAGUUGGAAGAUUUUCUGGACGAUCAAAAGCAUGAAAUUAGCCUUGAAAUGGAGCCCCAGGGGAUCCUACAGUGUGAGGUACUGAUAUAUACUGUAUAUAUAAAUAUCCAGCAGUCAUACAUUGAUAUUAAUAUCCUCUACUGUUCUAAUAUAUGCAUACUGUGUAUAUAUACCUAACAGUGCUGUAUCAAAAUAAAUAUACUCUGCUGUGUCAGGUUCUAAUAAAUACUUUAUAUAAACAUCCAGCACUGCCAAACUAAUAGAAAUAUUCUUUACAUAGUCAGAUUCUAAUAUAUACUAUCAAUAAAUACCUGACAAUGCUGUGCCAAUAGAUACUAUUUCAGGUUUUAAUAUUACUCUAUAUAAUCCCUGGAUAGAGUUGUACUAAUAAUAUUGUGAUAAAUACUGUAUACACACAUCCAGCAGGGUUGUGCCAAUAUAAAUAUACUCUGUAGAGUGAAGUUAUUAUACGUACAGUAUAUGGAGAUUAUAAUAAUAUUGUUAUGGUUUUAAGGUGGCGUUCUAUAACCCAGUGAUUGAAAGAUUUUCUAAACUUCGCAGACAGAAGAAGAUCUUCUCUAAAGAGCAAGGUAAUAUUUUGUCUUUUAUGUUUAUUUUAUAGAAAUUUUGCAAUUAAAUAAAACAUUGGAAAUUACCUAUGUAAAAAAAAAAACAACAAAUUUUCACUAUUCUCUUUUUGUUAAUUAUAAUGCCCCAAUUGGCACUACUAACUUUGUCCGCCCUCCUUUUUAAACCCCAAAAACCCUGCAAAGUAGGUAAAAACUUACUUUGAAUCUCGCUCUCCUCAGGCAUUUGUAUGCCCCCUCCAACAUCACGCUGCAUUACUCCUUUCCUCUCUGAUGUCAUACCAAAUGCUUCUCAUAGAAGCAUUUGAUUGGACAAUUCUCGCAAUGCUCACUAGCUCUGAGUGCAUGCAAGGAGGGAAGGGAGUUGGAGGUAGGAAGGAGGGAAGAAAGGGAUUUAAAAACAAAACAUACAUAUGUUAAUAAAUAGAAAGAGACUGCGAGGGCCGACAUAUAGGCAUAUAAGGUAGAAACCUCAUAAUGUCUGUUGCCAGCGCCCGCGUCAUUUUUGGAUAUUAUUACCAUUAGGUAACCCGGAACAGAGUUCCACCCAGCCUAAUUCACGUGUGCUCAGGGGUUAACUGGUACCCAGCACUAAAUGCACAAAUGUGUUUGGGGGAAAACUCAGUUAACUGGGGGAUGAUUUUAUUAACUUCCACACAGCAGGGUGCCUUACAGUGGUAACCCUGAAGCAUAGAAUUCCCUAUACUCAACAUGUUACAGCUCCCUGGACAGUGUAUAGUGUACAGUGUCCUCCUAAAAGUAUAAUAUCCAAAAAGUGCUGGGUCGGAGGUACCCAGCCUGAGUAAUAAUUGUGUAAGGUUUGGCCUGGCUGUGGCUAUCCUCCGAUCUGAAGCAAAGUUCCAGGCUGCCGCCGGGUAAGUGCCAGUCAAAGGAGCAAGUCUCUCCAGUUCCGUGGAAGGGGGGCUCCCCCUAGCUCUCAGUGUGUUUCAGUGGCUGCCCAUCUCUUCUACCUCAGCUCCAAUUAGCACUCUUCUUAAAGAACCUAUGUGAAUGAGCGGUACAAAAUAGAAAAUGUACCAGGCAGCCUCCUUUUUCAAUAUUCGAGUUAGAGUUCCAGUUGGAAGACAAGCAUUCCUGCUGAUGGAGUUGCAUCUAUCCCAGUCAUGCUGAGCAGUACCAGGAGCUGGAUUCAGAGUGCUCCACUGCAUCGGAGGUGUUGGUUCGGGUGGGGGAGCAAAGAAGGAUGAUUAUAAGCUCUUUUGGGGGAGUUUUCUUGAAUCUUGGACCCGUUGUCAGUGCGACCUGAGCAGGCUUCGUCACACUCUCUAUGUGCAGCAAUUCAAGUAGUAUAGCUGCACAUACAGAUUUCUUCCUCCAUGACCACUUCUAAUUGCAGAAGUGGUCAUGGAGGCUGGAGUAACCCUUUAACCUAUCUUUAAUGUGAAUAAAGAUUUAGCCAUUGAUGUCACCAAUCCAGUUCAAUUCUGGUAGAGCCAGGGGACAAAUUGCAUUAGCGGAGGAACAAUGGGGGAGAAUUAUCAAUCCAUUGCUGACAAUUUUACGUAUAAUUUUUGGGUACAACUUAUUAAAUCUGCUGGAUUUUUUAUCUGUUCCUUUUUUUGCGUCAUAUCCAUAUCUUUUUGCUGUCACUGUGAAUUAAGCGGUCUAAUGGACAUUUCAGUGUAAACUGGCAGAUUUAACUAUAGAGAAAACUGUCACUUUUUAGAUCACUUUAAUUCAUAACAUAACACUUAUGACUGACUUUAACCAUCAAUUUUCAGAACACUUUGAUAAUUACCCCGCACUGUUUUUGUUUCUUUUCCUCAACAUCCUUUAGUCAAUGAAAGGUAAGGGUGAUUGUUAGAAAAUAAUAACAAAGACACUCACUCAAUACUUUAGCAAACACAACUGCCUCCUCACACGCACACUGCUCCCCACACAAGAGCACUGCCCCCCUCACACAAACACGGGCUGCCCCCUCACACACACUGACUGCCCCCAAACACACACACACACACACACACACACAGACUGCCCCCUCACACACGCUCCACCCCUCACAGUUCCCUUUUAAUGUAUGUGUUGGCUUUUUAGUAUAUCUCUAUGAUCUCAAUACGUGUCAUCAUUGUGCUACAUCUGUGUCACACAAGACAAGCUGCAGUAUUCGCUUGUUUAGUGUACAUUGUGUAGUAGUUGUGUAAAUGGCGACUUGAUAUUGUGUUUGAUUUUUGGGGGCGUUGCUACACAGUAUUGUUUUUCAUCACAGGCAAAGCCUUUCUACGUGCACGGCAGAUGAACAUUGACCCUUCCACUUGGCUCCGCCUCUUGCGCAGAACCUUUCCUGCAAACAGUGGAACAUACAGCCCAGCAGAUAGCGGAUCGUAAGCCAUGUACCAUCUGAUUGCUGUCACUCUUAUCCUCCCUCUGGCUGCUAAUUACUCUGUGUAUCAAUUCUCUGAUUAUUCGGUCUGUCUGUGAUUAACGCAGUCAGCCAUCCCACUUAUUAUCUGGUUUUAUUGCUUCCUUUCUAUUUAGAGUUUUGGCUUCAAUCCAUUUGUUCAGUGCCUGCUUCGGCUGCAUGCUCGUCAUUAUCUCUCUUCACAGAACUCAAUAUUUAACUGACUAUCUCACUCUCUGUUUUGAUUGAUUUUUAGAGAGCUACAAUUAAAAUCUCCAACGGCGGAAACCAUUCAGGAAACAAAAGACGAGGUGAGAUCAAUCUACCUGCACAAUUACCUGUUCCGUAACUGGAAAUUUAAAAAAUGUCCCUGCCCUGGUCUUCUAUGUUUGAUUUUCACUCUAGUCUUUAAAGAAGCCCUCCACGCAGAACAUAUUCUGUCGAAAUUAGAAAAAGGAAAAAAAUCAGUUGUAAGAAAACCAUUCAAAUGGUAGUGAUGUUAUAAUUGUUUGUAUAACAUUAAAAUGUAUGGUAAAUCCACACUGGAGUGUCACUUUAAGCAACAAUGAAGUUCUAUCUAUAUCUCAUUAUUUUUCUCCAUUGUCAUGAUAUUUUACAAUAAUGUGUAAAUCAUUAUCAUUUACAUCAAUGUGUUAUCCAUGUCCUGGAUGUCCUCGUGAUUCCAUCUUUUCGUUCCUACUGAAUCCCCUUUUCCCGUAGUUAUUAUUGUUUGAUUGUUGUGCAGUGAAUUAGUCAACUAUGCCUUAAGGUAGGAUGUUAUCACAACCAGAUUCCUCAAGCAACCACCAUGAUGAAUUCAUUGAUAUCACAAUGGCAGGACAUGAUUUCCACAUACAACUGAUUAACAGUCUUUAUAGCACUCCACUCCGACAGUGCAGGCAAAUGCCGCCAUUACGGCGCUCCACAUGGGUCAAUAGAUAUAUGGCCCCCUCGCCUUGAUCACUGAGAAAGGACAGUCCAUCCACUUGAAAUACAAAGUGAAGAAAGCAGUAAUCCCGAUGAACAUUGAAUUAUUGCUUGCUCUAUAAUAUUUUUUAUUUUAUUACGCAAAUACAGGCAAAAAACCAUCAAUUGACAUAGAGCUUAAAAGGCUCACAGUGAAACAGACUGAUAGCUCACAAUGUACACAUUUUGCAUUAUAACGAGACUACUUGUUAACUCACAUGGUUCCAUUUCUUAAAUCAUACACUUACCGAAGUAGUAACAUUAAACGCUUCCACAUUACAAAUAAUGCUAUAAUAAACCUGAACAUUUCUUCCCCAUUGCACACCGAAACAACCAAAUUAAUCAGACAGCACACGUUUAGUAGCAAUUCCUGAUUAUCAGGACUGGCUUUCUGCAAGACUUGGGAACUUGAAGGAAUCUUGAGAAAAAAUAAUUACCCAGCAAUCAAUGUGUAAAUCAACUAAUCAGCAUCUAGAUCAAGUGUUUAAUAUCAUCGUACUGAUACAUACAAUUAAAUCUUCCUCCAUUCUAAAAUCUUUUAACCCCUUAAGGACCAAACUUCUAGAAUAAAAGGGAAUCAUGACAUGUCACACAUGUCAUGUGUCCUUAGGGGGUUAAGAGAUCCCUGUCGAUAUAUUUCAGUACAGAAUGCACCUAUAAUCAUGGUUGCUGAUAUUUCUUACCUUUUCUGUGUUAAAUGUAUAUAUGUGUAUGUUAAUAUUACUCAGUAUUUUUAAUAUUAUAUUGUGUAUUUUAAUAUUGCUUUGUAUUUUUAAUAUUAUACUGUAACCUAUUAUAACAAUGCAAUGUUUGUGGGCCCAGGACAAUCUUGAAAACGAGAGAAAUCUCAAUAUAUCCUUCCUGGUAAAAUAUUUUUUAAAUAAAUACAUACAUUAAAAUAAACAUGUAUGAGUAAAUAAUAGUUAUUUAAAAAAUAAAUACGCUUAUCCAACUCACACAUUUCGUGUAUGAAACCAGGACAAUAUUGCAGUACAUUUUCAACAUUGAUGAUUUUUUUCAGCUUUUUUUUUCCCUUACAAAAAACUAAUAGUAUGAAUAAUAACAACAAUUGUCCAGCGGCCAAAUCCGUAUGUUUUGGAACUUUGGAAACGCAUCCAGGAUUUUAGCCCAAAUAUGCGUAGUAUAUACAUUGAUGAUAUUUACUUGAUGACCAGAUAUGUCAUGGUAGUUGAUGUGUUUUGUAUGAUUUUGUAUAGCAUGACAGUAUAGCACUCUAUAUAUUGGAGCUUUGCAAUUAAUAAAAAUACAAUGUGUUUUUGCUGGCAGACCGAUGCCCAUGUGGAGAAAAUUACUCCAGUCCCAAGGAGAGACAGCCAGAGGAGGUCAGUAUUUGUACAAUGACUUGUAUGACAAGGAAUCUGUGCUUCAUGCUUGCUGCCACAUUUUAAAAGAGCAAUUCUGUUCCACAGUAAUAAAUAUUGGGGCAAGAAGACAGACUUUUGUAUUGAUUUCCAAGGUGAUCUGUCCUUUUCUAUAUCCUGGUACACACACAGCAUACAGUACUAGAUCAGUAAUUAAGCGAUGAAGAGAGAUGGCAUGUUUUUCGCUAUGUUAAAGGAUUUCCUGUUAUUAUCUGUGGUAUCACUUUUCGCAGGUUUAGUACUGAUGUUAGUAUCCUGUUUGUGUUCAUGCACAGCAUGGGGUUUGCUGGUUUAGUGGGUACAUUUGCCGCCCGGCUAGAUUGUCAUUUUCCGCCGGUGUUAACGUGAGUUGUUUAUAUUGAAAGGCCUUGGUUCUAGUGAUCAGUCCCUGGGCUAGGCUGCUGUGAUUACUAGCAAAUGUACAAUAACUUUCCUUAGCUGUUGGUGUGCUCAUUGAGAGACAAAAAACAUUAAAAGUUGUAAGUCUCUAGGUUAAAACAAUUUACUCAAAUGCAAUUCAGUAAAAAAAAUACACUAUUUCAUAGGCUGUGGAGGGAAAUGGCACAUGAUUAAAUAUACCCAUAUACAUAUAAUAAUAAUAAUAAUAAUAAUAAUAAUAAUUGGGGCAAAUUUACAACUGGGCCAUACAAUCCCCUUGUCACUCAGUGGUCUAGAAGAGGAAGUUAGAAAUGUGUGUCUUCCAGAGAGCAGAUCUCUACUUCUUGUGUACUGUAUUACUGAAGGCAGACCAUAAACACGGGUAAUUAAAUGACAUAUUUACAGUGUUCAGUGACAGUUCUCCAUGGUGAUAUGACUGUUUUGCAGGGUUCCGAGUGUCUCUGAACUUUCGUUGGAGGAUUUCAGACUUGUUGCUGUCCUAGGGAGAGGUCACUUUGGGAAGGUGAGUUAUGCAAGCUGGGAAUCAUACCUUGGACCUGGUUGGAAUAUUACCUACAUGUCAUCACAUUCUAGCUAUCUAGGGAGCUCCUGUGCAAAGUUCUGUUACAGUCUCAAACCCAGAAAAUAUGGACCCUGUUGUGAUGGAAAAUCCCCCUACAGCUCCAGUGGGUUUAACAAGCAUUGGAGAACUGAGACCCAUAAAGGGUUAAAUCUGAUGAGAACUGAGGCUAUUGUGAAACACAAAAGAUUUACAUUGUGUGGGGAGAGUAUAUUUUACAAAAAGGCAUUGGAUUGUCAUGACAAAAAGGGUUAAUUGUGUACACUUUUUUUUAAAUCCUUGGUGGUGUGGCCAGCCAUUAGGGCACUUUUUUUCUGAAGGUGCUCGGCUCCAUUACUAAGAGUUACCCUUUUAUAGGUUAACUCCCAGUAUACUCAUAGAGACUGGCUCACAUCUUCCAUCAGCUAUUUGCUCAGCAUAGCUCAAACAUCCUGGCACCAACCCUGGGUACAUGUCCAGCACUCUGAUUGGUUUCCACUGAGUCACUGCAGUCUUCCAUCAGGUCUUUUUUUUUUCUUUUUUGUAACACCUUGCACUGCACACAUACCCUUCCUGUUGUUGAAUAAAGCAGUUGUCUUGUCUCUGCACUAAACCUUUUCUAGUGUUUGGCUAUUUAUUAUUAUUAUUAUUGGUAUUUAUAUAGCGCCAACUAAUUCCGCAGCGCUUUACAAUAGUAUGAAAAGGGGGGAAAUUUACAAUAAAUGAGACAAUUACACAGUGGCAGAGGAACAAUAGGUAGAUGAGGGUCCUGCUCAAAUGAGCUUACAGUCUAGAGGAGAUGGGGUACAAAUACACAACACGGCAGCAAGGGUGACAGCCACCAAACAAGGUAGUAGCAGAACUGGAGGUGAGAGUGGAGUAUGGCUCUGUAGGAGAGCAAGAGACAGAUAAGUAUAGAUAAGUUACUCUCGGAGUCCAUAAGCAUUUCUGAACAGAUGUGUUUUGAGGGACUUUUUAAACAAUUGAAGACGAGGGGGGAUAGCUGUUCCAAAGGAUGAAAGCCGUCCACAAGAAGUCCUGCAAGCGUGAGUUAACAGUAAGGGUGUGAGCAGCGGACAGGAGAAGGUCACCGGAAGAGCGGAGAGACCGAGAAGGGGCAUAUCUAUGAAUCAGUGUAGGAAUGUAAGAGGGGCUAGAGUUGGUUAGAGCUUUAUAGAUAAGAGUUAGUAUUCUGAAUUGACACCUAUAGGAUAGAGGAAGCCAGUGUAAGUAUCGACAGAGGGGCGAGGUAUGGGAGGAGCGAUGAGUGAGAAAGAUAAGCCUGGUGGGAGCAUUCAUUACUGAUUGUAGCGGGGCAGUUACAGUAAUCCAUGCGAGAGAUUACCAGAGCAUGAACAAGCUCCUUGGCAGCAUCUUGCGUGUGAAAGGGGCAGAUGCGGGCGAUGUUUUUAGUCAGUCUAUCCAAUAGCUGGCUGAUGGUUAUGGGAGACCACUGAAGAAACUUGAUCUGCUAGAGUAGCGCUGAAGUAACAGGUUGCUGUGUUAGCUCCUGGAGGUCCUUGAUCUGUAACACUGGUCAUUUAUUAUUAAACUUAGUUUGAUUUGUUUUCACAGAAUUAUGUGUUUUUCCUUUAGUCUUUUAAGGGUGUCUUUUCUGCAGUCUAAGAACAUGUUUAGAUCCUCAGUUCUAUCUAGUAUCUAAGCUAUUUGUAGAUCUUGUGUUGUAGCCUCUCUACAGGGCUGGACUGUUGGGAGUUUUAUUUUCUUUGGAAUGUGACUUAUUCUGGGAGUAUUUACUAAGGGAAUGUGUGUGCUCUUAGUACCCUUUGAAGUCCAGGCUGUCCCUUCGGUAUGCUCUUCAGCACAAGACAGUUUCUCUUUAAAGAUGUUUUGGGUUUCGUCCAAGCAGUCUAUUUCUUCAUAUUCUUCUGCUGUGUUACAUCAUCACUCAGGGCUGCACAUUUCAUCUUUAUCACAGGUCCUGCUCUCUGAGUAUAAACAAACUGGAGAACUGUAUGCCAUAAAAGCCCUGAAGAAAGGAGACAUCAUAGCCAGAGAUGAGGUUGAAAGGUGAGAAUACACAUGGUGGAGGGACAUCAUCACCAUAUGACGAGGGCCAUGUAAAACGGAGCUAAAAGACAAACACUUUGUACAAAUAGACAAAAAGCUGUCAACACGGACCAGAGCUAUCUUUAAAGACAAUUUUUUUCAAAAUAUACAAAUUUCAAUAUUUGGUGUUCCUUUGGUGUCCACCUGCUUAACAUAAAUGUGUGGAGUUUAUUUAUUCUAGAGAAACGUGCAUUUUGUGUGUAGAUUCAGGUGCAGAACAUUAAAGAAUCUGAAAUAUUUUACCCUACUACAUUAAAGGAAAGAUGUUACUGAUUUGAAGUGGUCAUAGUGCCAGAAAUUUGUUUGUGCAGUGUUUCGCAUUGAAAAAUUGCAAAUACAGAGUGCAUCCCCUCUGUUGCCAGUGAUGUAACUGCACCUCCAUCCGAGUCAUUAGGGCAUCAUUAGCCAGCUCCUCCAGGCUGACAAAGGGGAAUUCUGUACAAAAUUGGCAUCUGAUGCCAGGAUAGGAAGAGUUACUUUAACCAAAACCAGUAUUUUUUGUAUAAUCUUUCUAUUAAAAUAUCCCAUCUAAUUUUUUCACAUUUUGAUUUUUGUUUUUAAAUGUAUGCACAUUUGAAUUUUUGAAGAUAUCCCUUGCCAACUUUUCCCAUUACCCUCUCUGACAGACAUCAUGCACCUUCGAUUAUCAGUUAUCUGUCCCAAAUCUCAAUUUUUUUUAAUUCCAAUUGUCCUUUUCAAAAUCGAGCACUCUUUCUGCCUGGCUUGUAGUAGGUAGGUGUGCCUGACAGUAUUUGCUGCAGACAUCAAGAGACAGAAAGGCAAGCAAAGGAUUUCUUCAAUAAAUUUAAUAAACAUGAAUUUAAAAAAAUAAAGAGGUAUAAAGAUAUCAUAAAGAUUACAUUGAUAAAAAGCAUUUUUAAGCAUAACUAACCUUUCCUAAAGACUCUGAUGUAAUUUGCUUAAUUUAAAAUAUAUAUAUAUACAUAUAUAUAUAUUAUAGAUUUAUUGGGACUAUUCUUCAGCUUCCUGAUCCUUGUUUUUUUCCAAUUCAACAUUUUUUUUUAUUUCUGUCUCUCCAAAGCCUUCUGUGUGAGAAGCGAGUGUUUGUUGCAGUAAGUGGAGCCUCCCACCCUUUUCUGCUCAGUCUCUUGGGCUGCUUCCAGACUCCAGAACAUGUCUGCUUUGUUAUGGACUACAUGGCCGGCGGAGACCUAAUGACCCAUAUCCAUAGUGAAGUGUUCAGCCAGGCACGUGCAAUGUAAGUUUUACUACUCAUGCAUGUUAAUAGAGUCUAGGAUUGAGAGCACGGCAUUUAACAAUAAUGUUCAUACCUUACCUUGUCUGUAUGCCAUGGAGUUACCACUAGUUAAAGAAUGUUACGGGAGUACUUUUAGGUGGAAACCAUGGAUUAACCACUCAAAGUAAGGAUAAGAGCAAUACUCAGAAAAUGCAUUAAGAACAGCUGUGCAUCUCCAUUUUAUGUGUGGCCUUUUAUUAUUGAUGCUUUUAAUCUCAGUUUUCAGAAAAUGUUCUUGAUGUGAAUGAUCAACACACAAUUGUCUGUAUUUGACAUAUUUUUUGAAACCAUCACUUUAGUUUAAAGAUUGAGCAGUGCUUUUUUUUUUUGUCAAUGUUCUUGACAUAUCAAUCAAUGGUUUUGUAUGUUUACACACCUUAAGUAGUUUGUGUACUGCUAUAGUUUAACACAUGUUUUUGCUGAGCUUCGUCCUGCGUGUUUAGGUGGAGGUUAUUCUGUGUCUGCUAUCAGGGGCGGGCUGGGCCGGGGGGCAGGGAGGCAAUUGCCCCCCAGGCCGCCCUAAAAUCUGUUGGGACCGGCCACUGAAGGGCCGGCCCUUUAAAUGCUGCAGCCGCCUGAGCGCUCUGUUAAGAGCCUCAGGCGGCUGCGGCUGCUCCUCUCCUCCCCUCCCCUGUAGCGUGGCCGAGCUGGUCCGCUACAAAAAAAAAUCUGAUAGGCAGAAGAAACAAUAGUGUGCACUUCCUGCCCGUCCGGCCGGUUACAGGAAACAGAAACUCCAGUUCCGCGCGGAGUUUUAGUUAUUAGCCUCACAUUUAAAUGACCGAAGUGCACACUCACACGCACUGUAGCAUCAGUCCGGCCGGCACCGCGGACCAGCAAGCAGCUCGGCCACGCUACAGGGGAGGGCAAGGGAGAGGUUUGUAAUAUAUGUAGUCUUGGCCAGUGGCGUACAUACAAGGGUUGCAGCUGCGACUGUGCCCGUCACUCCAGGGGGCCCGCCAUGCGGACCCAUGUGACCGGUUGCCCACCGCCAUGUGCUGCGGUCCCAGCCAGCACGGUGUAACUGCCGGGGCCACAUUGAAGGGGCCCAUAUGGUGGCCCAUUAAUUUCCAUGGGGCCCGGUCAGUGCUGCACUUUAACAGCGCGACCGGGCACCCUCUGAUGAUGUCAGAAGCUGGGAGGAAGUGACUGCCCCAUCACUUCCACCCAGCAACCACCGCGCACUGGAGGAGGAAGGAGAGGAGGGAGUCAGAGUGGGAAGGAGGGCCCAUAGAUCCGUUUUCGCACCAGGGCCCCAUGGAUCGUAUGUACGCCACCGGUCUUGGCUUAUAUUCCGCUAAAUCAUAAUUCGUUAAUUUUAUAACAAUCCCACAAACAUUUAUCUUUUUCCCUCAUCCACUCUGUCUGUCAUUCUCUCUCUGUGUCUGUCUAUCUGUCUUUUACUCUAUGAUCUUUCUAUUGAUCCUCAUGAUCUUUUUAUCUAUCAUAUAAUUACAUUAUCUGUUUUAUUUUCCUCAGGUUCUAUGCUGCUUGUGUACUCCUUGGCCUACAGUUCUUACACAGUAAGGACAUCGUGUAUAGGUAAGAACAACACACAUGGUCUCAUUGAAUGUUAUGGGAAAACCAGAACUUGAUUUGGAGAGCUGCUAGUAAGAAAUUAAAAAGUUUAUUGACAUUUUAUAAUUGCUUUCUAGUCGUCUCCUGUGGCCACUAUUAGGUAUUAUCUUAAAAUAUUUUUUGCCUAUACAUAAUGUCCGACAUUAAAUAUUUUUUGAACAAUCCGUGUUUUUUCAUCUGUGAAUAUAAACUGAAUUUCAUUCCAUCCAAAUGAGAGACUGAUAUUGAUCCAUAUGUCAGGAUAAAUAAUUCUGCUGACUGUGGCCAUGUUGUUAAAAUGACACUUCAAUCACCACAGCAACUAUGGCUUAUUGAUAGGAGACAUAGAGUGAACAGUUUGUCAAACUAUUUUCAAGUGACGUAAACUGAGAGUACCCAAAAUCCUUCCUCCUCCAAACGUUUGUAUAGGUUGGAAGGAUUCAGUCUAAUCUCCAUUAAACUGUACUGCUGAACAGGGAUUGGCAUAGAAUCCCUAGACAUUGGGACUGAUCCGAUAACAUAUGGCUCCCAUAAAUGCAACUUGCCACUCAUCAGUUCCAUUGCACAGUUUUAACAGUGAAAUAACUAUUAAUUAAUUUGAGCAAUACAUUUAUUUUAAUUAGGGAUACAUUUGGUUUAAUUGAUUAUUAUUUUUGAUAUAUUUUUUGUCUUUAGUUUGGCUGAUAUAAAUAUUUAAUCUGAAUCAAAGUACCACAAACUGACUAAGCUUUUUUAAGGAUCAAGGUUGCUAUUGCAAAUUUGGUCAUUAGUAAAGUACCCCAGUGUGGUUGAAAUUGUUAAUGUCUGUCUUUCGUGCAGGGACCUGAAGCUGGAUAAUUUAUUGCUGGAUUCUGAAGGCUAUGUAAAACUAGCAGAUUACGGACUCUGUAAAGAGGGUAAGUGAGAAUUCGGUGUGCUUUUUGUUAAUUGUCUCCAUGCUCUUCCAGGAUGCUUUUAUAGUUUAUUAAUAUUUACCAUAUACAAUAACUUAGCAUGUUAUUUGCUAAUCUUCCUCCUGAGCAGCAGUAAUGAAAGUGCUGCUCAAUGUUAAAGGAUUAAGUAAUGUACUAUUAUAAGUGGUUUUAAUAUUAAAAGCACAGCGAGGCAAGUUCAAAUAAACAUUCAAGUUUAAAAAUACAUGUACUGAGAGGCAGGUUUACAAAUAUGCAAAUUGUGCAUUUAACAUCUUAGCUAAUGCCUGAUUGGCUUCUCAGUGUUCUAAGAACUCAAGUAUUAGUCAGGGACCAGAAAUUGUAGAGUUGCCAAUACAUUAAUGGCAGCCUCCUGUCUGAUAUAAAAUGCAACUUUCUUUGUUCACUAAAACUCAAAAAACUGUUUUUUUAAAUAAAUGUUAAUUCGUUUUUUAAAAGGCAUGUGCCCUAAUUGUGGAUUGCACAGAACUGAUGCAUUUAAACAUAGCAAACAUGAGUAAUUUUACAUAAAUUGAAAUUAAAGAAAAUAUUACUAUAUUUUAAGCAACCAAAAUCUGCUUUUUAUUUUUCACUUAAUGAUCUCACUUUAACCGUUUCAAGGUCAAUGGCAGAACUGUUACAACAGAAGGAUUAUUUUAGUACAGGGUUUGUAUAUUUAAAAACGUAAUAGGGGCAAUGUUGAUACAUUAAUUAUAAAGAUGUUAUAUUCUGCAUAAAUAAGUUAUCAGAAAAGCUACAAUUUUGGCUACUGCAGAAAUCUAUAUUCUUUGUGAUUUAUGCAUCUUUACUAAUUAAUACUGAACAAUAUUAAGGCAAGGAAAUCACAUUUCAUUAUAACUAUUUCUAGUGCAUACCCCUCUUUUCCUCAUUAUACAUAUUCUUAAAAUGUCUGCCUCCUCGCCACCCUGAAGCGAUUGCCUUUAUGUAAAAUGUGUCUCAUUUUUCUAUUUCUUUUUGACAGGUAUGGGUCCAUCUGAUCGAACAUCCACAUUCUGUGGCACGCCAGAAUUUCUAGCUCCAGAGGUGCUCACGGAUGCGUCAUAUACUCGGGCUGUUGACUGGUGGGGAUUUGGAGUCCUGAUUUAUGAAAUGAUGGUUGGAGAGGUAAAAGGAAUAAAGCUUGUUAAUGUGUGGUAGGAUUUCCAUGGCAAUGAUAGAGAUAACAUUCGAGGCACCUUGCACAGAAAUACAAUCUGCUUAUUGUGCCUUCACAAAGAUAUGUAGCUAUGAGAUGGCCCCAGUUAUAUCAAGGCAAUAAUAUGGAUAAAAUGGAGAUAUAGUCGACACCCCCUGAUGUGUGAAACCAUUAGAAGCGAGGUUCACCCAAACAGAGCCCCUAUCAUGUAUUCACAUAGAAAAUCAAAUAAUAUUGAUCUGCCCGGCCCUUUAGCCAACUUUAUUCCUACACCCCUUGAGUAUAUCCAUGAGUGAGUGUAUUCUGUGUUAUUGGGUGCAGUAUCUGUUAGAAUUUAUUUUUUUCAGUGUGCCUUUAUAUGUGUGACUGCCUCUCUGUAUGUAUUUUUUUUCAGACAGUGAGGAUAUGAAUUGGGAAGGGGGGUAAACUGGCAGUUAUGUUAGCAUCUGAUUAUUAGGGGAAACAGCAUAAUUAGCAGGAGGUGUGAAGAUUUAAAUGGCAGGAUAUACUUAUUAAGAGGAUUGAAAGGAAAGUGGUGGAAAACCCUCCAUAAAACUCUUGCACUGGGGUCCUCUAUUCAUUAGUUUUGUAACUAGUGUUAUGUAUUGUUAAUUGGUUAAUUAGUUUCUAAUUACAGGAAUCCUAGUACUUUGUGUUGACACCGAGAGCUCCUGUACUUUAUACACAAUAGUAAAAUGAGCUUUGAUGAUGGAUUACCUUUAAAACAAAGAUUUUAUUUAUGAAAAAAUUUGCUAUUUGUGAUUCUUUCAUGAUAGUUCUAAAAAAAUCCUUGUUUUAACAUUUUCAUAGCUGGGAUGUGACGAGUAGCCAAAACAGUGAAUUUGUCUUCCAUUAAAUCCUUUCUUGUCUAAUGUUGUUUGUCUUUCUCUCUUCAAACCUGUCUCAGUCUCCAUUCCCGGGUGAUGAGGAAGAGGAGGUGUUUGACAGCAUUGUUAAUGAUGAAGUCCGUUACCCACGAUUCCUGUCUGCUGAAGCCAUCGCUAUAAUGAGACGGGUGAGCGUAUAAUAUACAGAGCAGCCAUUCUGACAGUAAAUGAGGUUGACCAGAUUUCCCCUUUAAGGGUCAACAGCUAUGGAUAAAGCAUUCUUCUGGGCUGGCCUAAUAUCUUUCUAUUUUUAUCCUACAGUGUGUGAUUUUUAUAAGCAUUGUAUGUAAUGUAUGUAACCCUUUCCUACUUAACCAUUUUGCCUCAUUAGUUUGAUGCCAAAUUCCAUCAAAGACAAUUGGUAGCAGUGGAAGCUUCCAUUACAUGCCACCCAUUUUACAUCCAGCAAUAGUGUUGACAGCCUUCCCUGGCAGCAAUCCAUUGGGCUGCAGACAGGUUCUGUGCCCAAUACACACUGUGAUAAUGUUAUAUUGCUGGACUAACAUUCAUACAAAAUACAGAUUAAGGAAAGCUUACACAAAAAUUGAAUUUUACAUUUUACAAGGUUACUUAAAUUCACCUAUCUCAGCAAACAAAUAUGGGGAUUCAUAUUGGGUUAAGCCCAGUACUACGUCACAGUUUCCCAAUAUUGGUGGAUCCCACACUAGACUGCAGCCAGCCAGUAAACACUGUGAUAAUGUUCUAUCGUUGGAAUAAUGAUCUAUCACUGAUCAGCCUAGGAGCCAAUUACAGUAAUAACAUUCCUUAGCUGUCAGCUGAUGGGGUCAAUCCACUUCAAAAAAGGGUCCAUCACUCACCAAAAAUAAUGUAACGCUGUUUUAUUUAGUGCAUAGCAGUAGGCACGCACAGAGCAAUGUUUUGGCUCAAAAAGAAACCUUUUUCAAGCCAGGAAUUUAUUACUGCUGUGACAAUACCGGAAGUCUAUACAGCACCCCACUUCAGUAAAUGGUUAUCCAUGUGUUAUAAUUGGGUUCAAUACAGUAAUCAGUGCAUUGCUAGAGUUAGUGUUAGGUUUAGUUUUGGCUAUGGUUAGCUUGGCUUAAGGUUAGAAAGAGUUAGGGUUAAUGUUACUUGGGGUUAGAUUGAAUUAAAUAAGAUUAUAUAUUUAUAUAUCGGUGGUUCAAUAAGGUUACAAAUAGUGUGACUCAGUAUGGUGAGACAGAGAGUGUCACUUCUGCAAAGAGGAAUGUUAUAAUGUCUCUAAAUUGACCCCACAGGUAACCAAAAAAUAGGACAAAUGUAAAUAUGUGGGUAUUGCUAUACUUGGGAGAUGCAGCAAAAUACACAUCCUGGGUCUUCAAAGUACAGUAGUAGAACAAGGCUUGAAAAAUUCACCUUUAAAGGACCACUAUAGUGCCAGGAAAACCAACUCAUUUUUCUGGCACUAUAGUGCCCUGAGGGUGCCCCCGCCCUCAGGGUCCCACUCCCGCCGGGCUGAAGUUGGAGGAAGGGGGUUAAACACUCACCUUUCUCCAGCGCCGGGAUCCCCCUGCGCUGGGGACUCUCCUCCCUCUUCUGAUGUCAUCGGCUGAAUGCGCAUGCGCAGCAAGAGCCGCGCGCGCAUUCAGCCAGUCCAUAGGAAAGCAUUCUCAAUGCUUUCCUAUGGACGCUGGCAUCUUCUCACUGUGAAAAUCACAGUGAGAAGCGCGGAAGCGCCUCUAGCGGCUGUCAAUGAGACAGCCACUAGAGGCUGGAUUAACCCUAAAGUAAACAUAGCAGUUUCUCUGAAACUGCUAUAUUUACAGCAGGCAGGGUUAAUCCUAGAUGGACCUGGCACCCAGACCACUUCAUUGAGCUGAAGUUGUCUGGGUGCCUAUAGCGGUCCUUUAAAGUUCAAUAUGUAUUGUGAAAAGAAGCAUCAUAGAUUUGGCAGAAAUUAGUGAUGAAAUGCACAAUAGAGAUGUCGCGAACCGAAGCUGCCUUCAACAUGGAUGCUAUCCAGGAGGUGGGAGGGUCUGGAAGGGAGGGUCUGCUGGAGAUUGGCCGGGAUGUGUCAGCUGACCGGAGCUUGCCGCGAACGGUUCGUGGCGAACCGUGGCAAGCCUUUUGCGUGAAGUUCGCGAACGGUUCGCGACAUCACUAAUGCACAAGUGAAUAGAUUUAAAAUGCCCUACAUUAAAUAGUCCAAAUUGUCUUCUUUUACAAAUAACAUGCCAUGGUGGGAGUGAAGUGUAUCUCCUGACUCCUAUUUAAAUCCAAAAGUCAUAUAUAGACCAAGUAAAUCAUUCGGCAUGUCUGUAAAUCGAGCAUAUAACUUUUCUAAAAUCUUGCACGGGGCUAUUGCUUUACUCAGAGUCAGUAUUGGGGUAUUUCACUUCCUGUGUAAUUCCUCACAAAACUGAAAUCUGUGUGAAAUUUAUAAAAAAAUUAAAAAAAAUGUAAUGUAGCCAGCAGAUUCGGCUGAAGUUAGUAAUAAAUGAAAAAAGUGAAAAUGUAAAUACCCAGCACAUAUAAGUUCAAACUAAAAUCCUACUCCUCUUCCAAUACAACAAUGCACAAUAUGUCCCGUCCAGUUUUGCCAUACAGCAUGGCAGUGUACCAUUAAUUAUUAUUAUCAGCAUUUAUAUAGCAUCAGCAUAUUCUGCAGAGUUUUAUAACAAUAGAAUAGGGAUAUCUAAAAGUAAAGAACAAGAUUACAAUGUAUGAGCUAUCUAUUAAUCCCUACCACAAGUCCUUUUUUUCUAUAACCCCUUUUUAUUACCCUUUUAUAACUGGGUAUUUAAAAUUUCUGGUCUGCAGCUCCUGCGCAGGAAUCCAGAGAGGCGUCUGGGAUCAGGAGAAAAAGAUGCUGAAGAUGUGAAGAAACAGCCAUUUUUCAAGGUGGGGAACAUUUAGACAUAAUUCUAUAGUGUGAUGUCUGUGCAGUGGAAUGCAAUUCCCUGAUUGGUGCAGUGACAGACAUUGUGAAACAGUAUCUGCUAAUACUAAAACAGAGCUGUGUAGUGUGACGAUGAUUAUUGCGUUUAAAGUGUGGAAUGGUGGCUAUUGAUGUAGUGAGGUAGACUAGUGGAGUUACAAUGUUUUUUUUUGUUUUGUAUUUUUCUCCUCAGGAAAUGGAUUUUGAUGCUUUACUUUCUAGACGUCUGCCACCCCCAUUUACACCAUUGGUGAAGGGACCACAUGAUAUUAGUAACUUUGACCCAGAAUUUACGUCCGAAGGACCAGAGCUGACUCCCCCAAGGGAACCUCGGCCUCUUGGAAACGAAGAGCAAAGUUUGUUCAGAGGCUUUGACUAUGUCAGGGAAGGAGCUUGAGGAACCUGGCAUCUCCUGGGCUGGACAGGAAGUCCGAUCAAUCUGGCUACUAACAUUACAUUCCACCUCAUUCCAUUUAUGUAGUCUGUCUAUCGCCAUACUUUCUCUGUUCUGAGUGACAAGACACCCGUUUUUUUGUAGGACACUGACAAAACAAAGGUUAUGGUUAGCUGUGAAAAAUGCAUUUUUUUUAAAGUUUCUUUUUUUGUCAUAUCUACAUUUCCUUCUCAUAUAAUUCUGCUUCAUUUUCUCCUCUCGUUCUACCUCAGAACAAGUGAUGUAAAUAAAAGUCUUUGUAUAACAAAUACAGUGUUUACAUGUGUACAUGUGUCUGUGAUAUGAAGGGCUCUAAAAGCUGUUCAAUAGUAAAUACUUUAUAAAACAAAUGAACACAAAGUCCCCAGGCAAAUUAUUGAUACAUGUAUUUUUUUUUUUUUUUUUAUCAAGAAAGCUAGCAAUAAACAGAAACUAUUAUGAGGUUCAUUUACUAGAGUCCAUUUCACCAAAGUCAAACUAACAUGCCAUUUACCAGCGGGUGUAUAUCACCAGUAAUAUCCUCCAACAAAAGUGAAACUACUCCUUAUGGAACCACAGACAUUGCAAUACCAUUGGUUUGUUAUGGAUGAUGGAACACCUGUUGAUUCCUUUAAACAAUGAGGUGUCAUAUUCUUUAUGAUGGAAGAUUUGUUGGUCAGUAUGCAGCAUACAAACCUAUUUAAACUCUUCCCAUCAAUCUAAACCAUCACAAACAUCGUAGCCAACACCUCCCCGUUCAUAUAACUUUCACCUGGCUUAUUAAAGGUCAAUGUGUUUGGAGUAAACCCUUCAAGUAAUGGGACCUUAAAUGGUAUCCAGCUUACUCUGCAACAUCAAUUGGGCUCCCUAGUGCUUUGUGACUGGGUAUGUGUGCCGGCCUUCUGUGCCUCAUUAGUGAGCCGCAGGCUGCUCUUCUCAGUUCUGUGGUGCUGUUAGAGCAAACACAAAUUGCAAAUGAAAAAUAAAAGAUGUAUGGGCUUGCUUUACUCCAACAUUAACCCCUCGUUCAUUUUUGCAUUAUCUAUCCAAACUUGCAAUGAUACACUGCGAGACUAUCACUGACAUCCGACGAUCACCAAUUUGGAAGCUCACUUACACAUUUUCUGAUCCAGAGUAGAGGGGCCAGGCUUCAAUUGCCAGGAGAGCCCUAGUGUAUGUUAAGCAGUUUGAAAAGGGCACAAACUGCACCCAAAG